AUGUGGGGCCAGCACAGAAAAGGGACAGAGCUCUUGUGCACCCUGAGUGAGCUCUGUGUUUCGUGUCACCUGUCCUCCCAGGUGGUUGACUUGGUAAAAUGGUGCAGUGGGAGUGUGCCUGGAGAGCUGGCAGGGAUCAGAGCAGCAGGCCAGGGCCUUGCCAGCUGCAGUCUGUGGGAGCACAGGGACAAACACACCAUUCAUCUCUCAAAUGAGCAGACCCUGUCCAGUUCAAGUUACACCAGCAUAGGGGUAAAUUGUUGGUCAGUAGCCUACUUGGCUCUAUUUCAACACUCAACCUUGAAAUACUUUCAGAUCUAACAGAACAUGUACAGUCCUCUACAUUAUUAUUUAAAGUGCUUAGCGGCCUUAUCAACCGUUUAAGUAUGGUGUCACCACUAUUUUUUUUCGCCCUCCCGUUAAUCGCCUUACAAUAUGGUUGCAAACGCAUGCAGAAUUGAAUUGUCUCCCUCCGGCAUUCCCUCUCCCUACCUGGACGCUUGUGCCAUUGUUCGCCCCCUGGUCCCCUGCUUGGCCUCACAACCAGGUCUACAAGUACGGUGCCCCAGGCUGUUUCCCUCCUUUCCACAGCAAUGGUGUGAGAAUGUGAAUGCCUCCUCCAGCCCCUUUCGCUCUAAUCCUCUCUUGUGCUCUGUCUCGCCCCUCUGGUCCCCUGGUCUUAGCUCCACUCCCAGGUCCUACUCAAAGGGCCCUCUGUGCUGCUGCCUGGCAAGCCAAGUGUUUAUGGAAUGUCUCAGCUGCUUGUGGGGUGUGGGGGACACAGCUAAUGAAAUGUAAAGUGCUGUGUGAGCUUAACUCUCCACAAACAGCCUGACCCCUGGGGCUUGUUAGACAAUAAUUAGUUUGUGGAUAUUGCUUCUGGCAGAACAUACCUGGCUCCACGAGGGGACAAAAGGGGGCUUAGCCCCCUCAAUUGAAACUUGUGCUCCCUCAGUUUGUUUUAUGUCCCUAUAUAAAAAUAGCACCCCCAAAAAAUAAUCCCCAGAAUCUUUUCGCAUGUCUAUUUUCAAAGGAUAAAGCUAACGUGCUGACCAUCCGCACCAGAUGUGAUCAGAACAUGCAGGUUGAAAUAUCAAAACACUAAACUCUGAACCAACUAUAUUAAUUUGGGGACAGGUCAAAACACAUAUGAAACAUUCACAAACAUUUAGCUUGCUGUUGCUAGCUAAUUUGUCCUGGGAUAUAAACAUUGGGUUGUUAUUUUACCUGAAAUGCACAAGGUAUUUUUUCUGGGUCUGUAAAAUUGGGACCCAUUUUGAGUCACACAAAAUCGUGUGUUCUCUACUCUGACAAUUAAUCCACAAAUAAAAGGGGGUAACCUAGUUAGUUUCUAGUAAUCUCUCCUCCUUCAGUCUUCUUAUUCUGUGGACUUUAUAUGGUGGUUGGCAACCAACUUUAAGGUGCAUUACUGCAACCAACUGGACUGGAGUGUGGACCUCGUUCAUCUUUCAAUCACCCUCGUGAACCAAGUUCUAUUUUAGCGCCUGGCUGCGCAGACGCUUGUUGACGCGCACGAGCAGUUAAGAUGAAAUGAUUGAAUAACAUGUAUGUGUACAUUUACUUUCCAAAGCUAGCACAUGCAACAUGGGAGGUGUGGUCAGCAUGUAAGAACAUUAACAACUUCAUAGUUAAGAACACUAUAACAAUAUGGAAGAAAAUGAAACGUAUUCUACCAUAACCAAUAUCACUCCCUAAAAACACAACCCUAUGGAAAAAUCCUUGAAUAGCUUUUCAGAAUUCACAGAUUGGUCCCCAUGGAAACUAAAGGCAUAGAAACAGUAAAUUACUUUGUAAUAGGAAGUACAUUUAUUUCCAUGACAGAAUUAAAAAGCAAUUUUGGAAUGACCAAUGUAGAUAUUUUCAAAUACAUGCAACUUAAAAGUUUCAUACCAAGAAAUGUCUAUUUGAAAUCUUUUGGACAUCAGAGCAAUCUUGCGGGAAUCCGAUUCGAGUCAGAAAAUGAUUUUCAUAUGAUGGGUAAGAUAUACAAAACCUUGCAGAGAGCCUAUCCAACUGACAAUCUCUUAGAAUUUUUUUUAAAUGAUUGGAACCAAGACUUAAAAAUAACUAAUAUUGGCACACAGUGGAGGGAAUGUUGGAACAUAACUAGCAAAAUUACAUUUAACGAAGGCAGUCAUGUCUUAAGUGUAAAACUAACAAUGACUCAAUAAUCCAUGCCUUCUGGGAAUGCUAUAAAGUUGAAAUGUUAUGGGCAGAGUUCGAAAGUUGUUUAUCAGAAGUAUUACAAUGUAAAUGUACUUUUAAUGCAUCUGUCUGCAUAUUUCAAGACAUGGCAUAUGAGGGUACAUUUCUUGUCCAUCUUGAAAAAAAGUAUACUUAAACUGGAAAUCAACCAAUCCUCCAUCGUUAACACAAUGGAAAGGUCAAAUGCUUUAUUAUCUAAAAGUUGAAAGUGCGUGGGCGACAUGUGGCGGAGAGUGAUGUAGGCGGCAGCAACUUGUGGCGGCAGCGACGAUGCCCCAAGCACCAGCAGAGAUUUGGAUAUAAUGACGAGAUACCUAUGUCUCCACCCUAAUGAUGGGAUUCGUUUUCCACAGAGCAUAACGGCGGGCUGCCAAGCUCCUGCCUAUUCCACUCUUUGGAUUGGCGGAUACAUCUUGUUAUUUGAAUACUUUUUUUGAAUAUAUUCGUUGAUGUCAACCGCCUGUUUUCAAUGGAGAGAUGCUAUGCUACAUGUCACGAAUAUGCAUAGCCAUCUCGAGACAACUCCGAUAUAAAGUGUUUUUUUCUCAAAGUUGCUGGGAUGUCACGUGUCCUACUUAUAUCAGUACACUUGUAACAACCUAAGCAUUAUGAAACUUCUUCUAUUCGAUCAAAUAAACCUCACAUAGCAAAUAAACCAUUACAUUUUCUGUUGACCAAAUUCGACACUCAUUGACCUCCAUACAAAAACUCCCCCCUUGGUAAGUGAAAGAAACAACGCCACCUGCUGGAGGAGACAGAUUUUUGGCCCAGUUGUCCCUCUCGCUUCGCCUCUUCCUCUCCAGCUCAAGCUAGCGCCGCAUGCAGAGCCUUCCCCCUCUUCCACAAGCGCCGCCAGGAUAAUGGCCCCACAGCCCCCUCCACCUCCACUGUUCCUGACGAUCUUGGAACAGAGGAGCCAGCCCAGGUUAGCCUAGAAUCCUACCCUAGCUGCAGGUUUUCUGUCCAAAAACGUUAAUUUAAUAGCAACUGGUUCAUAGGAAGAGUGGCUGGAAUACUCGGUUACCGCAGAUGCGGCAUUUUGUUUCCCAUGUCAAAAGUUCUGUGUUGGGUCCAAUGCUAACACAGACAAGGCCUUUACCCAAGCUGGGUGUUCUAACUGGAAGCAUGUUAAUGAUAGUACCAAGGGAAUCGCUAGGCAGGCAUCAAGUAAAGAGCAUUUGAUAUGCCCUGUGGAAAGAAAAACAGGUUAGGGUAUGGGUACUGAGGUGUCGACACUUGUUUUUGAUGGGCAGCUGGCAAGAAAUCGUGUCGGCGAUUGUGGACAUUAUUGAGUUCCUUGUUUCAAACCAGCAACCACUGAGGGGGACAUUGGACGCGAUAGAGUCAAGAGGGGAGGGGGCAGUGGACUUUUUCUGUCUAUAAUGGAAUAUACUCUCCGAAAAGACAAGGAACUUGCCAAGGUGUUUAGCACCAUACUCCACAAUGCCACAUACACAUCAUAUGAUAUUCAAAAUGAAAUCAUAGGGCUCAUGAGUGAGAUUGUCAUUGGGAAAGCUACAUGCGAGAACAAAUGUUCCACUUUGACAAACGUGUUCAGUCAACACAGAGGAAGCAUGCUACACCUGAGGAAAGCUCAACUAAUCCAACUGGCAUUUGAGGGAGAUCUUACAAGAAGAUUUCGGGGAGAAUGGAAUGAUCGAUGACUCAGGAAGUUCCACAGAGCAUCGAGAAGAUCGAAAAACGAUCUAGCUGGUUGUUUUUUAUACAAAUCUUGCUUUAGUGUGAAGUGCGCUGUUCCUGGUGCUGAUAGAGCGCAGCAGAGAUUUCGCGCCAACCUGUUACUUCUUGAUCAAAAUAAUUUGAGCUUUUAUGUUCAUUGUGGUGUAGCGUGAUAUAAGCAGAAUUCAAUAUAAUUCCAAUGCAAGAACCCAAAUUACACCCUUGGGUAUAGCUACAUAUCGGAAUGUUACAUCAUAGAAAUAGAUACAUUCUAUUAUGUUUUUCUUGGUAGCAUAUAGGUUUUCGUGGUUGUAAAUGGAACUGUACGUAUUGGAAACGUGCUGAUGGUAGGCCGGCAUUGAUUAUCUGGGUCAGUUGAUUCACAGAAGUGUAUUGUGCCAUAUCACAAUGUGUUGCUGAACUCAUGAGCACAGAGUGGCAUGAUUUUCCAUGUUUGACCUAUUUAUUUGGCAAGACAGCUGUGCAUGGCUGCAUCUCACUGUAGUAGGCUAUGUUUUGGUUAUUUGGAUCUCCAUUCGCCUUUUGUUUAGUGCGUUUGUUUACUGUUACUGUAACUAGCCUACAUAUAGAUUGUGUCAUGCCUUUAUCAGUCUGAUAGGCCUACUACUUUGUAACAGUGUUUUGUUCUGUUCGCAUUCGCAGUUGUCGGUAUUCUAAGCCAAACUGCUGUUCAGUAUUUUUGUUUGCAUGCAUGAAUAACUAAGCGACUACUUUCAGCAUUUAGUUUGCAUUAUUUUGUUUAGACAGCUGUGUGUACGGCUGCAUUCACAUAGGCUUUUUUAAAGAGGUUUAACCCUAUCUAUCUUGUAGCCUAUAUUCAUUACCAAAACGGACUUGCUUUAGUGUGUAGGGCGCUGUCCAUUGUGCUGAUACAGAUUUCGUGCCAACCUGACUGUCACUUCAAAAGCACUCAAUGAUCUCCGAGUCUCAGCAUUUGAACUUUGUUUAUUGUGGUAUAGCGUGAUAUAAGCAAAAUUCUGCCCCCUUAGUCACUUUAUCCUGGUUCUGGGUCUGUGGCAGACAACACUAUUUCAUGUAUUUACUUUAACAAGAUGUACUGUAGAACAAAGACUUAUAUCCACAAGCAUGAGUCCUUAAGAAGAUUCCUCCUGGAAGCUUAACUGCUAUUCUAGACAUUGCUCUGAAAGCACAAUGAUAGUGAAGAUUGUAUAAUUCAUGAUCUUUGCCCCCAUUUCCUGUUUGUCCACAGUGCUCAGAGGAAAAGUCUCUAAACCUGGCCUUCAGUGUGUUUCACCUGACUGACCAACUCUUAAGAGACUGCCGAGGGUGGCAGGUAGCCUAGCGGUUAAGAGUGUUGGGCCAGUAACCGAAAGGUCGCUGGUUGGAAUCCCCGAGUAGACUAGGUGAAAAAUAUGUCUGUGCCCUUGAGCAAGGCACUUAACCCUAAUUGCUCCUGUAAGUUGCUCUGGGUAACUGCUAAAAUGUCUCGUGGGUGCAUCAUCCGUCACUGUCGAGCAUAUAAUAGAGAAAAUAACUAGGUGUGUGUAUCCGCAAUCUGUUUUUGUUGUGGUCUAUUUUGGAAAAGAGAAGAUGGGACACAGGUGUUGAGAUCUGAAUAAUGUAUCCCUGAUAUUAGGGGAAAACACAUUUGUGCCUUUUUUAGCUAGUAUCACACCUUCACUGUAUCAGCGUGCUUAUGUGUGUGCAUCCUGUAGAUCACAGAUUGGAACAAUUAUUGAGCCUUGAUAUUCUGUUACACAGAGCAUUACUGUGACCAUCCUGAGCUAUUUCAACACACUGAUUAGUAGGUGCGCUGGGCUGGGUGGCUGAGUUCUGACCUACACUGCUCAAUGGCUGGUGCUAAUUUUAGGCUGUCCCAUAACAGAUCUGAGCAGAGAGAUGGUGGGCCUCACUACUCCUACUGGGCCUGUGGUCGGCCUCCCUCCCAUUUCAACAAAGCACUUCAGAUGUGCCAGAAUGUGCUGAUAUUUGGUUGGCUCACGCUCUGCUGAUCGCCAAAACACCCAGUCAGCUUCUUACAGGGCCGCUGUGCCCCCGCCCCUUCGCAAAUGCCACAUUUUCAGGCCUGGUUCUUUUCAACCUGGUGGGUGAAGCUCAAUCAGAGAGAAACCAGAUGUGCUGAAGUGACGUGACUGCAGUACUGAAAGAUCCACUCCACCCAGCCCAGUCCUUCCUUGUUUAGCUGUGAGGGAUGAAAAUACCCCUUUGCAGUAGUGCGAUUGAAGUGCAACUGUUUGUAGGCUGAGGAUUAGUAAAGUGGAUUGUUAUUGAUAAACCAUUACACCAUUAUAGUUUUCUAUGUGUCUUAUAUUUAGCGAGUAGAGCUAUAGCGGUCAUACACGUUUGAUGGUAAAAGCCAUUAUCACACCUGUAUUCUCUCUGUUAGCUGACAGCUGUCUCCCCAGUGACCACACAAUCCGGAUGAAAAUCCAUUAGUAGAGGCAGAAUGUGGCCAAACCACUUAACAGCAUCACACGUUGGCAUCUUCAAUGUUGAUAUUUUUUUUUUUUAAGGUGCCAUAUCUCCUCUAAUCUAUAAACGUGCAGACUGAGGCGACAGCGAGACUGUCAUUGUGAUACACGCAAUACUAAAGUUAUUAUUCCUGGACCAUAAUGUCCCAAAUAAUCAGUCUUAAAGGGAAUACUGUGUUAGCCCUGUCUUUGGAGGAUCGAUUAACAUUUGUGUCUCAUUUUUGACAGGUUUUUCAUCUCAAUUCUGUUUGUCAAUUGAGAGGAAUUGGUGGUCUCUGUUUUAUUCAUUGCGUUAGUGUGUGUCCAGAUGGGCCAAGCUGGGUCUCUACAGGCUGUCACUCUGAUCACUCUCUGGACCAUUUCCUCCUUAAGUUAUUUCCAGAAUGACCGCCCAGUUAAUCUUUCUUUCCAUAGAAAUAUUUACUGUGUCCUCUAGCCAAUGCAGUGAAGUGUGACAGUGCGUUGAUGCAUGCAUCACAUGGAGACUCUUAACAUCAUUCAGCACCAACACAGUCAAGCUCUCCGUCUUAUUCCAAAGGAGAAAGACAAUGGCCUGGAAACUAUCCUUCAAGACAAGUUAUUUUUUUAGGAGUGCAUUCAUAUGUAAAGGAUAUCCUGUAUUCCACUGAAACGGACUGUUUGAACCCUGCCCUCUAAGCAAGGUCACAUCUGUUGUGAGGUUGAAUUGUUGUGUUUACGAUUCUUUGGAUUUAUCCUGGUAACACAUGUCAUUCCCCACCUCUGGAUCAUAGUCAGUUCAUCUAUAUACACGAAGUGUACAAAACAUUAGGAACACCUUCCUAAUUUUGAAUUCCACCCCCGUUUGCCCACAGAACAGCCUCAAUUCGUCGGGGCAUGGACUCUACAAGUUGUUGAAAGCAUUCCACAGGGAUGCUGGCCCAUGUUGACUCCAAUGCUUCUUACAGUUUUGUCAAGUUGGCUGGAUGUCCUUUGGGUGGUGGACCAUUCUUGAUACACACAGGAAACUGUUGAGUGUGAAAAACCCAGCAGCGUUGCAGUUCUUGACACACUUAAACCGAUGCACCUGGCACCUACUACCAUACUCCGUUCAAAGGCACUUAAAUCUUUUGUCUUGCCCAUUCACCCUCUGAAUGGCACACAUACACAAUCCAUGUUUCAAUUGUGUCAAGGCUUAAACAUCCUUCUUUAAUCUGUCUUCUCAUCUACACUGAUUUGAAGUGGAUUUAACAAGUGACAUCAAUAAGGGAUCACAGCUUUCACCUGGAUUCACCUGGUCCGUCUAUAGUGCCUUCACAAAGUAUUCAUACCCCUUGACUUAUUCCACAUUUGGUUGUGUUACAGCCUGAAAUCAAAAUGGAUUAAAUAUAUUAUUUUUCUCAUCCAUCUACACACAAUACCCCAUAAUGACAAAGUGAAAACAUGUUUUUAGAAAUUUUUGCAAAUUGAAUGAAAAUGAAAUACAGAAAUAUCUCAUUUACAUAAGUAUUCACACCCCUGAGUCAAUACUUUGUAGAAACACCUUUGGCAGCUAUUACAGCUGUGAGUCUUUCUGGGUAAGUCUCUAAGAGCUUUCCACACCUGGAUUGUGCAACAUUUGCCAAUUUUUAUUAUUUUCAAAAUUCUUCAAGCUCUGUCCAAUUGGUUGUUGAUCAUUGCUAGACAACCAUUUUCAGGUCUUGCCAUAGAUUUUCAAGUAAAUUUAAGUCAAAACUGUAACCCGGCCACUCAGGAACAUUCACUGUCUUCUUGUUAAGCAACUCCAGUGUAUAUUUGGCCUUGUGUUUUAGGCUAUUGUCCUGCUGAAAGGUGAACUAAUAUCCCAGUGUCUGGUGGAAAGUAGACUGAACCAGGUUUUCCUCUAGGAUUUUGCCUAUGCUUAGUUCCAUUCUGUUUCUAUUUUAUCCUGACAAACUAUUCAGUCCUUAUCGAUUACAAGCAUACCCAUAACAUGAUGCAGCCACCACUAUGCUUGAAAUAUGGAGAGUGGUACUCAGUAAUGUGUUGUAUGGGAUUUGCCCCAAACAUAACACUUUAUAUUCAGGACAAAAAGUUAAUUGCUUUCCCACAUUUUUUGCAGUAUUACUUUAGUGCCUUGUUGCAAACAGGAUGCAUGUUUUGGAAUAUUUUUAUUCUGUACAGGCUUCCUCCUUUUCACUCUGUCAAUUAGGUUAGUAUUGUGGAGUAACUACAAUGCUGUUGAUCCAUCCUCAGUUUUCUCCCAUCACAGCCAUUAAACUCUAACUGUUUUAAAGUCCCAAUUGGCCUCAUGGUGAAAUCCCUCAGCGGUUUCCUUCCUCUCCGACAACUAAGUUAGGAAGGAUGCCUGUAUCUUUGUAGUGACUGGGUGUAUUGAUACACCAUACAAAGUGUCAUUAAUAACUUCACCAUGCUCAAAGGGAUAUUCAAUGUCAGGUUUUAUUUUUUUAUUUUUUUUACCAAUCUACCAGUAGGUGCCCUACUUUGCGAGGCAUUGGAAAACCUCCCUGGUCUUUGUGGUUGAAUCUGUGUUUGAAAUUCAAAAUUCAUUGCUCGACUGAGGAACCUUACAGAUAAUUGUACAGUGGGGAAAAAAAGUAUUUAGUCAGCCACCAAUUGUGCAAGUUCUCCCACUUAAAAAGAUGAGAGAGGCCUGUAAUUUUCAUCAUAGGUACACGUCAACUAUGACAGACAAAUUGAGAAAAAAAAUCCUGAAAAUCACAUUCUAGGAUUUUUAAUGAAUUUAUAUGCAAAUUGUGGUGGAAAAUAAGUAUUUGGUCACCUACAAACAAGCAAGAUUUCUGGCUCUCACAGACCUGUAACUUCUUCUUUAAGAGGCUCCUCUGUCCUCCACUCGUUACCUGUAUUAAUGGCACCUGUUUGAACUUGUUAUCAGUAUAAAAGACACCUGUCCACAACCUCAAACAGUCACACUCCAAACUCCACUAUGGCCAAGACCAAACAGCUGUCAAAGGACACCAGAAACAAAAUUGUAGACCUGCACCAGGCUGGGAAGACUGAAUCUGCAAUAGGUAAGCAGCUUGGUUUGAAGAAAUCAACUGUGGGAGCAAUUAUUAGGAAAUGGAAGACAUACAAGACCACUGAUAAUCUCCCUCGAUCUGGGGCUCCAUGCAAGAUCUCACCCUGUGGGGUCAAAAUGAUCACAAGAACGGUGAGCAAAAAUCCCAGAACCACAUGGGGGGACCUAGUGUAUGACCUGCAGAGAGCUGGGACCAAAGUAACAAAGCUUACCAUCAGUAACACACUACGCCGCCAGGGACUCAAAUCCUGCAGUGCCAGACGUGUCCCCCUGCUUAAGCCAGUACAUGUCCAGGCCCGUCUGAAGUUUGCUAGAGUGCAUUUGGAUGAUCCAGAAGGGGAUUGGGAGAAUGUCAUAUGGUCAGAUGAAACCAAAAUAGAACUUUUUGGUAAAAACUCAACUCGUCGUGUUUGGAGGACAAAGAAUGCUGAGUUGCAUCCAAAGAACACCAUACCUACUGUGAAGCAUGGGGGUGGAAACAUCAUGCUUUGGGGCUGUUUUUCUGCAAAGGGACCAGGACGACUGAUCCGUGUAAAGGAAAGAAUGAAUGGGGCCAUGUAUCGUGAGAUUUUGAGUGAAAACCUCCUUCCAUCAGCAAGGGCAUUGAAGAUGAAACGUGGCUGGGUCUUUCAGCAUGACAAUGAUCCCAAACACACCGCCCGGGCAACGAAGGAGUGGCUUCGUAAGAAGCAUUUCAAGGUCCUGGAGUGGCCUAGCCAGUCUCCAGAUCUCAACCCCAUAGAAAAUCUUUGGAGGGAGUUGAAAGUCUGUGUUGCCCAGCGACAGCCCCAAAACAUCACUCCUCUAGAGGAGAUCUGCAUGGAGGAAUGGGCCAAAAUACCAGCAACAGUGUGUGAAAACCUUGUGAAGACUUACAGAAAACGUUUGACCUGUGUCAUUGCCAACAAAGGGUAUAUAACAAAGUAUUGAGAAACUUUUGUUAUUGACCAAAUACUUAUUUUCCACCAUAAUAAUGCAAAUAAAUUCAUAAAAAAUCCUACAAUGUGAUUUUCUGGAUUUUCUUUCUCAAUUUGUCUGUCAUAGUUGACGUGUGUACCUAUGAUGAAAAUUACAGGCCUCUCUCAUCUUUUUAAGUGGGAGAACUUGCACAAUUGGUGGCUGACUAAAUACUUUUUUUCCCCCACUUUAUGUGUGGGGUACAGAGAUGAGGUAGUCAUAAAAAAAUUAUGUUAAUCACUAUUAUUUCACAGUGAGUCCAUGCAACUUAUUAUGUGACUUGUUAAGCAAAUCUUUACACCUGAACAUAUUUAGGCUUGCCAUAACAAUGGGGUUGAAUUCUUAUUGACUCUUUUCAUUUUUAAUUAAUUUAUUAAAAUGUCUAUGAACAUAAUUCCACUUUGACAUUAUGUGGUAUUGUGUGUAGGCCAGUGACAAAACAAUCUCAAUUUAAUCGAUUUUUAAAUUCAGGCUGUAACACAACACAAUGUAGAUAAAGUCACUUUCUGAAGUGCACUGUAUAUCAUGGAAAGAGUAGGUGUUCCUAAUGUUUUGUACACUCAGUGUACAUAUGGAGUAGGAUUACAGGUCUCUGUAUAUAUCCUUGAUGCAGGGUUAGGGUCAAUUCCAUUUAAAUUCCAGUCAUUUCAGCAAGUACACUAAAAUACAAAUUCUCUUCUAUGCUUUUCAAUGAGGAAAAAUGUGCAUUUGAAUUGGAGUUUGGUUCACUUUUUGAACUGACUGGAGUUUAAAUGGAAAUAACCCCAAUCCUGCUUUGUUGUGUGUUUCUGUAUCAAACCUCUAUCAUCAUUCUCCACAAAACAGAGGUUAUCAGAGGUUUUCCAAUUUGUUUUAUCUACAGGGACAGAGUGCAUGGUGACAGUGCAGAGGUUAUUUUCUCUGGACAGUGAUUUGAGAGCAUUUUAACCUGUUGUGUAUAGCAGGCAGCUAUGUUUAGUGGCUCCCUCGGGAACUACUAACUUGUGCACUAAACAAACACCAUUUCCAGAUACAGACAAAGCUCUUCUGAGCCUGAUGAACUUUGGUUUACUAAACCCCAAGAUCAGCACACAGGCAAAUUCAAUAAUACUGAAAGAAUCUCUAAAUUAUUCGGCAGGAUUCUCUAAUAAAAGUCCAGAUAAAUGUUUUCCUUUGUUCCUCUGCUGCUACAGUGCCUUCAGAAAGUAUUCACACCCCUUGACAUUUUGUUGUGUUACAGACUGAAUUGUAAAUGGAUUAAAUUGCGAUUUUGUGUCACUGGCUUACACACAAUACCCCAUAAUGUAAAAGUGGAAUUAAGCUGAAAUGUCUUCAGUCAAUAAGUAUUCAACCCCUUUUCUUAUGGCAAAUGUGCUUAACAAGUCACAUAAUAAGUUGCAUGGACUAACUCUGUGUGCAAUAAUUGUGUUUUACAUUAUCUUUUUAAUGACUACCUCAUCUCUGUACCCCACACAUACAAUUAUCUGUAAGGUCCCUCAGUCGAGCAGUGAAUUUCAAACACCGAUUCAACCACAAAGACCAGGGAGGUUUUCCAAUGCCUCGCAAAGAAGGGCACCUAUUGAUAGAUUGGUUAAAAAAAAUUGAAGCAGACAUUGAAUAUCCCUUUCAGCAUGAUGAAGUUAUUGAUUACACUUUGGAUGGUGUGUCAAUACACCCAGUCACUACAAAGAUACAGGUGUCCUUCCUAACUCAGUUGCAGGAGAGGAAGGAAACCGCUCAGGGAUGAGGCCAAUGGUAACUUUAAAACAGUUACAGAGUUUAAUGGCUGUGAUAGGAGAAAACUGAGGACAACAUUGUAGUUACUCCACAAUACUAACCUAAAUGACAGAGUGAAAAGAAAGAAGCCUGUACAGUUUUGGAAUACAAAUAUUCCAAAACAUGCAUCCUGUUUGCAAUCAGGCACUAAAGUAAAACUGCAAAAAAAAUUGCAAAAAAAUGAACUUUAUGUCCUGAAUACACAACGCAUUAUGUUUGGGGUAAAUCCAACACAACACAUCACAUCACUGAGUACCACUCUUCAUAUUUUCAAGCAUGGUGUUGGCUGCAUCAUGUUAUGGGUAUGCUUGUCAUCGGCAAGGACUAGGGAGUUUUUUGGAGAAUAAAAAUAAAUGGAAUAGAGAUAAGGCACAGGCUAAAUCCUAGAGAAAAUCUGGUUCAGUCUACUUUCCAACAGACAUUUAGUGACAAAUUCACCUUUCAGCAGGACAAUAACCAAAAACACAAGGCCAAAUAUACGCAAGAGUUGCUUACCAAGACGACAUUGAAUGUUCCUGAGUGGCCUAAUUACAGUUUUGACUUAAAUCAGCUUGAAAAUCUAUUGCAAGACUUAAAUGGCUGUCUAGCAAUGAUCGACACCUUGACAGAGCUUGAAGAAAUUUAAAAAUAAUAAUGUGCAAAUAUUGUACAAUCCAGGUGUGCAGACUUACCCAGAAAGACACAGCUGUAAUCGCUGCCAAAGGUGCUUCUACAAAGUAUUGACUGAGGGGUGUGUGAAUACUUAUGUAAAUGAUGUAUUUUUGUAUGUCAUUUUCCAAAAAUUUGCUAAAAUGUCUAAAAGGUUGUUUUCACUUUGUCAUUAUGUGUUGAUCGGUGAGAAAAAACAGUUAAUCAAUUUUUUAUUCAGGCUGUAACACAACAAAAUGUGGAAUAAGUGAAGAGGUAUGAAUACUUUCUGAAGACACUGUACAUCUUGCCUAUACCACUCACAGCACCCAGUUGUUGGUUUAUUUAAGCACUGUUAUGCAAUGUUAUUAGAAUGUAUUAAUUACAGCUCUAUUGCACAAUUCUAACCGUUUUGAGGUUAGUUGAGGGGAGACUGUCAGAUUCCCUCUACCACCAUCCAGCCACAUAGUGUUUGAGAGUAAACCCAUCUUCUCAAUGACUCUGUUACUGCACAGUGGAAACAGGAAAACUGCAUUUUCUCUUUGUUUGUCCCACAGAGCUGUAGCUGAGCUUCUUUGUUAAAUGUUUUACAUUGAUUUAACCUAUGAAAAAGUAAAAGCAUUAGACAACUUACAGGGUUGGUUCAGGGACAGCCAUCCUAGAGUUGAUUAUAUGAUAUUUAAUAUGAAUCUAAAUGUGUGUGUGUGUGUGGGAGGAGGGGGGUGUUUGUGUGAAAAUGUGACCUUGUGCAGAAUGUCCGUUUCCGCUUUGAAGUUGAUGAAUUGCUCAACAUGCCGGACAGACCUGCCUGGACAUUUCCUUAGCAACAGCCUUGUAGUCCGAUAAAUAAGCUUGACUGAGGAUUUAGCCUAUUGUGAAAUCCUCUUCACUCAAUGUUAGGAUGUUUGCCUGCUUUUUCACGCUACCAAUGAAAACUAAUCAGCUUUUUUUUUUAAGCAUGUUUAUUCCAGAGCCAUGUAAAUAACUGUCUCUGUGUCAUUCCAUUCAGAAAGAACAAUAUUUUAUUUUAUAUUAGUUCAUAAGUAAGAAAUAACAUAUUUUUAAGACAUGUUUGAUAGUUUUAUGGAUGGUAACAUUGGAUGGUAAAUUAUCAUGGUCGAGUCAUAUUGACAAAGUUGUUGUGAAGAUGGGGAGGGGUGUGGCUGUUUAUAAAAAAUAUGUUUUGCAUUUUUGACACAUCAACUGUACUAGUUGUUCAGGCUCUGGUCUUGUCACAUCUUGAUUACUGUCUAGUAAUAUGGUCAAGUGCAGCAAAGAAAGGCCUAGCAAAGCUGCAGCUGGCUCAAAACAGAGCAGCACGGCUUGCCCUGAAAUGCACAUACAGAACUAACAUCGACAACAUGCAUGUCAGUCUUUCCUGCUUGAGGGUUGACGAGAGAUUAACUACUAAUCUUGUAGUUUUUAUGAGAAAUGUUACUGUGAUAAAAUUUCCAGAUUGUCUGCAUAAUCAAAUAACAUUCAGCUCGGACACCCAUACAUACCCCACAAGACAUGCCACCAGGGGUCUCUUCACAGUCCCCAAGUCCAAAAUGAAUUAACAGCAACGCACAGUAUUAUACAGAGCCAUGAUCGCAUGGAACUCCCUUCUAUCUCCAAUUACUCAAGCAAACAGCAAAAUUACCUUUAAAAAACGGAUUAAACAACAUCUCAUGGAACGGCGAGGACUGUGAGGGGGCACACACAGACACACUCUAACAAGCACAUCAUUUUUGUUGUUGUAUUGUUUAUAUACAUUUUUAGUUGUAUUGUUUGUAUAUGGGUUUAUUUUAAAUAUGUGUGACUGUCCUUGUCUAUCAGUGUUUUGUUACUUGUCGUGUUUGGUGUUUUCUGCAAAAGCUAUUUUACUGAAAUGUAUUUUGGUCUGGAUGAUGGGUUAGUGUGUGUCCAUUGACAGUGAUUUCCAGGCCUCUGUAUCUGUGUGAGAGGAAGUGUUUUUCACCCAGUGUCACUGCUGUUGUAUAAUCUGACAGACACACAGUGUGGCCUUUCACAUUGGCUUCCCAUAUAUUCCCCUGGCCUGCAGUGGCCUGCUCCUCCAGAGUAAACACAGUGGUUUCUCUCUGCAGGGCGCAGUGUGUUUGUUCAGGUUGUCAUUGUAUCUAGGUGUCACACUGUCAGCUUGACUCAGCCAGGCCCCAGACACUCCACAGGGCUGGGUUUGUUCUGCCUGCCACACUUCUGGAUUCCUUUUUCCUGUUUUCUAGCAGAGGUGAACUACUUAUCUCUGUGUAUCCUCUUCUGAAAAUACAGUAGGCUCUGUCAGAUUCCUGGUAUUUCAACACUGAAGCCUUACAGACAAACAAACCACAGCUUGUAUCUCCCACACAGAAACGGCCAAAAAUGAUAGACAUUGUUGGUGAGUCAAGGUAUCAAUAAAAGGGAUUGAGCCCUUCUUGAUGCAAUUCUAGAUGAAUAAUAGAGGGAAACAUGUAGUCUACACAACAGCAGCUAUAAUACCAAAAUAGACCACGGUGUUGCAUUGUCUGCAUAUACUUCCUCCCAGAAUGUCCACUUUUGCUGUGAUUAUGAAUAAGAGGGGGUGUUUACUGGUCUUUUGCCAACACUUACGAACCAAAGAGAAUAGGAAGAGCUGAGAUUAGUCCUCUCUCUCUCUCUGUCUGCUCUACAAACAGAGAGGUCUACUGUAGCCUUAGCCACUUCCCUACACCUUGGAUCUAUUCACUCAGAAGGAACCAGAAAAACAACACAGCCACAAUUAGACAGGGUUGAGAAGGAAGGAGAGGAGAAGAGAUAAUAACAGGCGGAGGAACUCCUAUUGACCCAAUUAUCUGAUCCUCAGGUUACUGGUUCACUUCUGACUACUGAGUGAUCAAUAAGAAGGAAUUCCUCUGAUUGCUCUGAUACUAGUCUGUUCCCUCCCUAGAGUAAUUUUUUGUAAUCCAUUGAGUUGAUAUGUAAAUAAAGAAUUACUAUGGUUAAGCCCCUGUCCAGUAUAACUACUGGCACAUCUGUACAGUUACAGUAGUUUGUGUAGCCCACUGAGAGUAGAGGGACUGACAUGAAUGAUUUUCUGUACCACACAAGUGAGUCAGUAUUUUUGCUGCAAUUCUCCUGGCUUAUCCUCUGCUGUGGAACUACCCCUGACUGUGUGUCUGGCACAGUCUGUGGUAGAUUUGGCAAAGCUGCACACUGCCUGCUGAAGGUCAGAGGGGAUUUGAAGCACAGAGACAGGGACUGUAUUGGAAUAGAGCACGCUAGAGGUUGGAUGACACAGCUGUAUUUUCAGCCUGUGGGCCAUUAUAAUUAUUUUCAAUAAUCAGUAGCUUCUAGAUAAUACCAUUGCUAUACAGAUUAAUAACUUUUUUAAGCCCUUGUGUUUGUAUGAUGUAAGACCUAUUUUGGUUAUUUUUGUGUCUGUAUAAUGUUCUUAUCAACAAAGGAUUAUGACUAGAAUGUUUGAGAGGGAGAUGAAAAUGGAUCAAUACUUUCUAACUUCCUUCCACUGUCUGUUCAGUGGCAGUAGUGGUGUAUUAGAUGAGAAUAGGUUUUCUUGCCUGUGAAGUGAUGUGGUCAAAGAGAGCGAGAUUCACGCUGUGCCACUGCCUGAAAUGCCUUGCUGCCAUGAAAAUAGUUAUUAAAAUCCCCCACCUAACCGCCUCCUUCUGUGUGUCAUUAUCCCAGAAGCCCCCUACAGUGGGACCCCUCCUUCCUAUGGCUAUCUGGAGCAGACAGAGGAGCACCAGCAUCAUGACCUCCUGCCUUUCAGCACCUCGCCCUCCUCCUCACCUCGCCUCCGCUCCAAGAGCCGCAGCAGCCGGGACACACAGUCAUCUGGCUCCCUGGAGUCCACCUUGUCGGUAAUGUUAUCACCAGUCCUACUACUACAUACUUCAACUACCACACACUUCAUCUCCUACCUUUAAAGCCCCUGUCUCGGAUUUUCCAUUCAGUGCAGCAAUCUGUUAAUGCUCCCGUCCGCUAGCACUACUUCCACCUUUAUAAGUGUGCCCUGGGCUCUGCAUGUAUUUAAUAGGGAGAUGUUCUGCUCUUUCCAACCACACUUUCACUCACCCUAUAAAUCUCAUCCACCCCUACUGUACUGUACCUAGCCAAUCUCCGGUGUCCCCUGGGUCGUCCUCCUCUGAUGUGCGCCACUCUCUGAUCUUCAAAGGUUAAAUCCAGGGGGAGGGCUCCUCUUGUGCCCCCUUCCAUGUUCAGGCUGUGGAAUGUCAGAGCUAUUCAUUCCUGCUCUGCUCUCUAUGCACGAGCGCCAUAUCGACAGACUGUCAGAAACCUAACUGACUGAUGCCUUUGACCCAUCAAUAACUACAGGUCUCAUCCUAGGCUAGGAAAACAAUUGUUUCUCUCCACAAUAGAAUGGAUCUUUGACCCUGGCCUCCACAUCUCCCACAGGGUUUCAUCGAAUGUGUUGGGAUCCCUAGAGAGGACGGUCUCUCCUCCUUACUGUUUACAGAGGUCCCAUUGAACAACCACAGGGAUUUGGGAAGAUCUGCUCCAGUUAGAAUUAGAAUCCCAAGAUGAGCCUGGUAGAAGUGAAAACCCUGUCGGUCUGUCUCUCUCUCUCCCAUUCACUGUCUCUUUCUCUCAUUCUCACACACAGACAGAGCUGGAUCAGGAGAAAGAGUUGGAGAUGCGGAAAUGGGUUCUGUCAGGGAUCUUGGCCAGUGAGGAGAUGUAUCUCAGUCACCUGGGGGCUAUCUUACUGGUGAGAGACUGAGGACUUUGAGCUGUGCUGUUGUUGUUAAAUCUUAGGCCCUGAGUAAUCACUCAACUAAUUGAAUAUGGCACACCUCACUGUUGAACAUGUUGGAUAGACACACAGAGACCCAUCUGUACACACACACACACACACACACUCACACUCUCUCACACACACACACACAGUAAUGCUUUGUCUUGCAUUGAUUGUCCCAGCCCAUGAAGCCUCUGAGGGCAGCGGCCACCACCUCCCAGCCGAUGCUGACCAUCCAGCAGAUAGAGACUAUCUUCUUCAAGGUGACAGAGCUCCAUGAGAUCCACAAGGACUUCUACGAUGCCCUGCUACCCAGAGUUCAGGAGUGGAGCCACAACCAGUGUGUGGGCGAUCUAUUCCAGAAACUGGUGAGCCUUAUUAUUGUUGUGUAAAGACCUAGGAAAUGCUGUUGUGGUUCUUUUGUGUUAGUUCUUCCGGGUGCUUUUGUUCAUAACUACAAAAACAUGAGAAUAAACUUCCCCAGCCGUAAACAGUAUUGUGCUCUGAGUAAGCAGAUAUGUAUCCAGUCUAGGGCUGUGACGGUGACUGUAUUACCGCCACAUUGCCAUGUGACCGUUAAGUCACGAUAACUAGUCUUCUCCAAAACUGCGCUCUGAUGCCACUGAUGGUCAAUAGUAUCCUACCAAACUUGCUAACGGCCAGUCGCUAAUGGCCUGGUACUCAGCGCUGUAUUGUCCCUCUAAUAUACUCUGACAUCAAUGCAAAUGCAAUCGAAAAUCUAGUCAUGAGAGCCCUGGCUUUCAGAGUUUCAGAUGAAUAGGAUAACCUGUUGCGCAGCGAGAGCCAGCUCCUCAUAGCUGGUUGAUGCAUGGAAUUAAAGGUGUUCCUAUAAGCCCAUGUUGCGGAACAUUAUUAUACGCAAUGCAAUUCAAUUGGUUGAGAAAAUAGUUUUGAUGGCCUCUAUUAAAAUGAUGAGGAUCCCAUCAGCUUUAUAAAAGCUAGGCCUACUAUAUUUAUUUCUAAACUUUCCUAAUAUUAAGCACAUUGCAUUGCUUUGCUUUACAACUGGAGUAGCCUACCUGGCUGGCAUGAAAAUGAACCGCGGGAAAAGUGUCCUCCUCCAUUCACUAUUCGACUACAUACAGAUUAUUUUUCUCCUCCUGCCUCUGUUCCAGCAGGUGCAUGAUAAUGUCCCAUUCUAAAUAAAAAAUUAUUUCACACAUACAUUAUCUAGUAUAUAUAAAGACAAAAUUGAGAAUAGUCUGAUGGGUAAGAAUAUUGUCAAUUGUGAAUGAUACCCAGCUUGUGCAGUCUAUGCAAGAAACAGUGCAUGCAUUUUUUCGCAUGCAUCAUGUAGCCUAGCCCAUAGGCCUAUAUGUUUAGAUAAAUUGUGAAUGAGAAACUGAUGAAGUGUGUGCAGCCUGCGCAAGAAACAGACCAGAGCUCAUGCCUUUCAUACAACUUUUUUCAAAUCAAUAUUAGUCGCAUCAUGCAGCCUUAGAAUGUAUUAAAAAACAAAACAUAUAGGGCCUCCCGAGUGGCGCAGUGGUCUAAGGCACUGCAUCGCAGUGCUAGCUGUGCCACUAGAGAUCCUGGUUCGAUGAUCAUUUUGUUAAAUGCUCAACACAGAAUAGCCACAUGCCCGCACUCCCUCAGAAAUCGUUUGGGGAAAAAUAUCCUUUCUAUUUUAUUAAGCUAUGUUCAAUUGUAUUCUUCUUACUAUAAAAUAAUAUCAAAUAAUGCCACAGGAAUUAUAAGCAAAUCUUGUCUGCUGAAUGAACUAGUGUAGCCCACAGCCAUAUGGCAUAGCCAGAUUAGGGCCUAACAUAAGGAAGACACAGAAUAUGCUAUUCUGUUCUUCUGAAAUAGGCUACAUUUUCUUCAUAUCAUAAUGUUUCUUUAGACCUGCCUAAAAUAAACAAUGGAUUUAUUGUGAUGGCUAUAUUACAUGGAUUUAUUAGACUUUUUCAAAUGUACAUGUUCCAAAGGUCUGCAUCAGUGGCUUGUAUGCAUGGAGGCCUGGAGAUGCUAAACGUGUUUAUAUUAAUUAACGGUAAUUACCAUAAGACCGGCAGAUAUUUGCAUGACCUUAUCGCUGACACAAUGUCAUGACCGACACAGUCACAGUCAGUCACUUUUAGAGACAAUGCAUCAUAACUCCCCUGUAGACUUCAUUUGAUCAUUUAAUAAUACUGAAGGGAGAGGAAGAGAUUUAAGGAAUAAAAAGUGGGAGUUAGACUGGCAUUAAUGUGCAGUGGAUGCUGACGCCACAUGUGAGCAGACUGCCUGGAGACAUCUCCCGCACAGAUAAAAGCCUGGGUUUACCACAUGACAGCCAGUAAAGGAGGACAAAACACUAAGAGGCUCCUGAGAGCUGCCUCAGUAUGACGGUGGAGGAAAAGAAGAUGCAUGAAACAAAAGUACAUGUGCACACAAACAACACACAUUCAGCAGCGAGCUUGCACACAUAGACACAGUCACACAAAACGGUCAACUUGUGUAAGACUGAUGGGAUGCAUGUUUUUUAAAUGCUGUUUCUAUUGAACUGCCGUACCUCAUCUGAUCCCUAUAUUCAGCACCAUGAGAAGGGAGAAAACAACAGAACUAGUUUGACACGAGUAGAGAGCAGCCAAAGCUGGGUGCAUGAAUCAACAGCAGGUUAACUACCACAUGCUACAUCCUAUCUACUCUCUAUUGUCUCUCUCCACUAAAGGCCAGCCAGCUGGGAGUGUACAGGGCCUUUGUGGAUAACUAUAAGGUUGCUGUGGAGACGGCAGACAAGUGCUGCCAGGCCAACGUACAGUUUGCUGAAAUAUGUGAGGUAGGUAUUGCACCACACACAGCAGGAUAGAAGGGAGGGGUAUUUGGGAAGUGGGCACUCUUAACACUCCUUACUGUGACCAUUAUGUUGAACUUUUACAAGGGUGAUGUUUCUGUUAGAACACAUUCUGUUAUGGGUAAUGAAAUUGUGUUACUGUGCUGUGUUGAAAUUAUGUUGUUCUUGGACACACUUGUAUGACUUUCUCAAUUCCUGUUGUGCCCUCAGAAUCUUAAGGUCAGAAGCUCCAAGGAAUGCAAAGACCAGGCAAAAAAUUCACUGGAAAGUAAGUGCGAUUUUAUUAUUUUGUACUAUUCCGGGUCAAAUUAACUAAACCUUACAUUUAAAUAUCAAUAGUUCAAGACUAUGAAUAAUUCAAACCUGUAGUUAUUUUAAUUAUUUUUAGAAAGAGUGGUACAUGCUUAAGCAUAUCGAAUUUGACCCUCAGCCUCAAUGUGUCCUAUGUUGUUAGUUCUGCUUUGCCUUGUCCUGCCUUGGGCCUUAUGCACUUUAUGAACCUCUCCUCCUCAGCUCUGCUUUACAAACCAGUGGACAGAGUCACCCGCAGCACCCUGGUUUUGCAUGUAAGUCAAAUCAACACACUGGAGAUUUUUCCCCUUCGGUCGUGAACUUCUGAUUUUGUAUAUAGAAACAAUGCUUCUUCACAUCCAUUAGAAGAAGUCAUCAUAAUUGAAUUCAGAUUAAUCCCCCCCUCUCUCGCUCUCUUCUUUCUCUCUCUCUCCCGCUCUCAGGACCUGUUAAAACACACCCCCUCCAGCCACCCAGACUAUCCACUGCUGCAGGACGCCCUUAGAAUCUCCCAGAACUUCCUCUCCAGUAUCAAUGAGGAGAUCACCCCACGCAGGCAGUCCAUGACAGUGAAGAAGGGAGAGGUCAGUCAGUGUAAAAGGCUGCGACAUCAUGAGGUGACAUGCUGUGUGUCUGCGUGUCUCCACGGAUUAGCUUUUUCUAUGGCUUUACGACCUAAUGAGAACAUGUUUUCUUUCCAAACUAGAUUACAUUGUGCAUUCACUCACUCAGUGUGUAUACACUUGCUAUUGUGGUUAUAUUGAAUGCAGUACAGCUUGUAGAUGUAUUAUUUAUCUUUCUGGAAUAGAGAAAGAUGUCACAGUAGGAGGGGUACCGUUUGUUCCCUACAUAGACAUAGGCCGGUUGUUCUCAAUGCCAAGGAGACAUCCAGUGGUUUGACAAGUAGGCACAUAGAGGCACAGAGUAGAGGUCUUCUUGGGUCCAAAAAGUUGGAUCCGGACCCGAACAGACCCAAUUCUUUCUUUUUUUUUAAAAGGGGGACCCGAACCCGACAAUUGACCCGACGACAACCGACCUAGACCCAACCCGUACCCUAACAGGUCUGGGUCUAGACCGGACCUGAGUGACCUUUGUUCUUUUUAUCAGACAAGUUGCUCUUCUGGUUAACGAAUAGGUCUUUAUAUGUUGGCUAAGCCUUCUAUAAGUCAGUAAAUGCACCUUUAUUAGCGUAAAAUAAAUAUGCUAUAGGCUAUGCAGAGCCGUGGUUUGGUCCACUCGGGUCUAUCAGCUGUAGUUACAUAGACCCGAGACCCGAUGACAAUCAAACAGGACCUGACCCGGACCCGAGGGAAAAGUUCGAAUUUUGGACCUGGACACACUCGGGUCCUGGGUCGGGUCUUGGGUAUUCGGGUUUUGGUGGACCCAUGAAGACCUCUAGCACAGAGUCAGACACCCAGACCCGGACCUGUGGCUCUCUGGCCCUCCCUUAUAUUGCUUUCUUACUUGGCUUCAUUUCAUUCUGCCACUUUGAUGUCACAUUGCACAUUCCCGUCAGCAAAAUAGUGUCUCAUUACACAGCUUGUUUCAAGAUAAGGAAUCAUCAACACAGGUUCAUAGUCAUACAUUAGGCAUCUAAGAGUUACUGUAAAUUAGCCAAUCAGUGCUUCUCAGUAGUAGUAUAAACAUUAAAAGCCAGGAGAAUGGUGUGUCUGGAAACUCUAAUAAAACUGUGUUGUUAGUCAGAUUCCUGCUGAGUCAUCUGUGUCUGUCUGGUUUAUUAGUGGAGGAAGUGGAGCGUAGAGGAAGCUCAUGAUAAAGAAGUAUAAACAGGGAGGGCAAGGGUCUCCACGGUUCUGACCAGGAAAGCCCAUUGCACCGCCUACGUCCCUGUCCUGGCUCCCCUACUCCCAUCCUCCGGUAUUAGUCUCUGAUGUCUGUUUCCCAGCAAUGACCUGUAAGCAUGUCUUAUCAAGCAUCGGUCCACCCUUCCGAGUGGACGCACGCACUAGAACUUCCUCUAUUAUUAUUGGAAACCUGCCCCACUAUGACCAUCAGACAUCUUAUUAUAAGUAAACGUGAUACUGGAACUCAGACAAAUGUAACUGCUCUAUUGUAGUAUUCCACAAUUCAUAGGCCUGUACAGUGGCGGCUCCUGAAAAAAUUCUCAGGGGGGGCAAUUUUUCUGAUGAUUUAGGUGACCUACACACAUUUUAAAAAAGAUAUGUCCAGCAACAACAUGAAGACAGGGGCAGCAUAUAAGUCAAUACCAGAAGCAUUUAUUGACUGAUCUCAAAAGUGUUGGCUUACCAGGGUUGGUGGAGCCCUCAGUUUCAUCUUUGCCUCGCAAAGCUAACUCAAACACUCCGCAAAACUUCACACACUGGAUUAGCCGGCUGAGGAUGUGGCGGUUCUUGCUAAUGUCGUAGUAAAUAUAUUUGUUAUAGUGAAUAUGGAAUAUGAUAUGUUGAGUAAAAUGUUGUGCUAAGAUCUAUUUAGGUCAGGAGCUGGUUAUAAAUUCUGUUCCUAUCCAAUAACAAUGGACAAAAGGGUCCUAUCUUGUCAGCCUUGUCAGUUUCAGUUCUCCAGUAAACUUGUGAUUAUCAACACUAACCUCAUCGUUGUGGCGGCGGACAGCUAGCCUGUAUCCCUCAUCCAGUUGAGUGGGAAUGUUCACUCUCUCCAAAGCAGACAAUCUCAAACAGCUAUCCAUGUGGGUCUUUGACAGCUCAUGUUUCUUAAUCUUUCCUGAAAGAUGGUGCAUGUCCGUUACACACCAGUCGCUGUCCAAGCGGUGCUGUCUGCCGUGCCGCCUUCAGGGUGAAAGAGUAAGCAGGGGGUAGCAGAAGACUGCAUUAGCUACAUCGCAGCCUGCUAGCCAGGUUUUUCGUUCGUACCAAUUUUUGGAAAAUCCUCGGGUGUAGGACUUCCCCCCUUUAGUAGAAACCUGUUGAAUUAUUAAAUUUGGUCUGGGAGGUCCUAAUUGUUUCGUUGCCAAUUUAUCUUCAUUUGUUCGCCGACAAAAAGGAACUUCUUUCAAAGACACAAUCGAGUUGCACUGAAGCCUAGCCAUUUUUACAGUAGUAGUGAAUUGAUUGAUGAGGCUACCCGCUCUUUUCUUAGUUACGUUCAUGGUUACGUUACGUAUGACGAAAGCGCGUAAGUGCAAGCCCUCAGAAACCCAUAGAGAUUGUAUUGAAAGCUCUGAUAUUUGAAAAAAAUAGAUUUUACAUGGGAGUCUAUGACAGACUUCUGGGCGAUUUUCAACCUGACUGAAAUCGCCCCAAAAGGGGGGGGGGCCAUUUGAAGCACGACUUUAGCCUGAUUGGACAUUUAGUGGCACUGUGGCAGAUCAGACGUCUAGAUUACAACACUGAUAACUACUGUUGCCGUGAUAUAAUUGAUUAGAAAAAAAAUCCCUUCCUUUUCCCGUUUGGCAGUGCGUCGCCCAUAUCGCCCUAUUGAACACACCGCCCCUGGGCCUGUAUAUGCUAAAGACAAAAUAAAUGUAGUACUUGUAAGUGACUAGCUAAAAGUAUAUACUGUGGUGAUUGAAAUCCAGGGUUCGGUUUAGUUGGGCCUCUCUUACCAAUUUUGUCAGCAGAUAUCUCAAAAUGGAGGAUGACUAUGUCAGAAAUUAACCGAUGCGAAUGUCAAUACAGUGACCAUGAAUCCAUUAAGGCCCCUCCCUGGUGCAGUUUUCCUAGUUUUUGCUUAAAUGUGGUUAGGAUGGGUUGGUAGAGUCUCAUGUGGGUAAUAUAAAUAUAAGUAGCUUUCAGCCCGGAGUGUAUAAGGUCAGUAUAAACAGUCCAUGCAUCCACAGCCCCGCUCUGACCAAAGGAACAGCAGAUGUCACUGCAGCAGUCACCAACUGCCAACUGGAAUGGCUAGCCAGGCAGGAUUAUAGGAAGUCCUGAGGGGUAUACUACAAAGCAGAGCCAAGGAGUUAGCCAGAUAACUUCCCUAAAUGUUCUGAAAUAACUUAUUUCUUUCUUUUUUGGGGAAAUGGGCAUGGUCUAAUUGACUCAACAACCAAAAACAUGUUUAGCUUUCUUAAUGAAUCAGAAAAUCAACAGUUAUUUCUGGUUGUUUAUCAAAGUUAGCUGACUAACUAUAUAAUUGAAUCUGCUUUGUAGUAUACCCCUCUGGAAUUAGGAUCUAUUCCUGUAAACACAGGCUCUUUGAUAACAAAGCCACUGAUUAACCUAACAACCCUUAAUUUACACAUUUUACAACAAGGUCUCAACUUUGUUUGAGGACAUAGAGUUUUCUGAGGUUCAGUUCUUUCCUUGUGACAAGAAGAGACUACUCAUCCCAGCAGCCUCUGUUAUUUUGCAGAACCAACAGACUGUCAGCUCAGAUCAUUGCUUAAAUAUUAUAUUACUGUUCAGUGCAAGUAGUCAUUUUGGAGAUUCUCCUCCUGAGUCCUGUCGAGAGCCGAUCAUGCCACAUUCAUCAGAUAGUAGUUCCACUGGGGGGCCAUAGUUACAUGUUGUUACCAUGUGUUGUGUGAUGGUGAAACAUAGGGUACAUUCAUUGCUCUAACGUUUCAUCUCUACCGUAGGAUGACAUUGAUAUUGAAUCCUUAUUCUUAAUGUGAAAAGUUCUGCUGGCAUGUAGUUUGGUUUGUUUUGCCGACUGGCAUAAGCACCAGGAAGCAUCCUCUAGGUCUAGGACCCUCAUGAUCUAGAGUCACAUUGUGAAAGCAACUUGACAGGGAAAUUAUUGGAAAAUGGCUUUUCAUCGAGAAAUCUUCACACUCUGUGGCAGUAUGGUAACAAAUUCUAGCAAAUAUGAAUAGAUUUUUAAAAAUCCAAUGAAUGUGUGAUUCACUGUUUGCCCCUGUAGAACCGUCAGCUGUUGAGGGACUGCUUCAUGGUGGAACUGGUGGAGGGAUCCAGAAAGCUUCGCCACGUCUUCCUCUUCACAGACUUACUACUCUGUGCCAAGCUGAAGAAACAGACUGCAGGGUGAGUGUAGAUUUACUGAUGGACCAGAUGGUUUGUGUAAUAUCCUAUGUCUGUGUGGUGUUCCUUACCUGUGUCUGUUGUUCGAUAGUUUGUGUGUGUGUGUUUGUCUCCAGGAAAGGCCAGCAGUAUGACUGUAAGUGGUACAUCCCGCUGUCAGACCUCACCUUCCAGACCAUCGAGGACUCUGAGGCCACCCCCAUCCCCCAGGUCCAGGAAGAGGAGAUUGACGCCAUGAAGAUCAGGAUCUCACAGAUCAAGAAUGAGAUGCAGAGAGAAAAGGUGACAACAGACAUCAGAAAGAGAGAAAAUCACUUUAUUUGAAUAAUAUUGAAACCCUUGAUCAGAUCAUGGCUUCAUAAGAGAAGGAGCCAGCAAUGACAGAGACCGUGCGUUGAUACAGCAACAAGUGUCUGAGUGCUGUUCUUCUGUAUGUGUAUGUGCAGAGAACCACUAAAGGUGGGAAAGCAAUAGAGCGUUUGAGGAAGAAGCUGUCGGAGCAGGAGUCUCUGCUGCUGCUCAUGUCCCCCAGCAUGGCCUUCAGAGUGGCCAACAGGAACGGCAAGGUGAGCCAGCCACUUACUGCUUACUCUCUCUCUCUGUACCUAUGGUUCUGCCAGGUCAUAUCUAACAACUACACAGCCCACUGUUUGUACUGUGAAAUAUUUUGGUCUAGGAUCUGGUGCCCCCUACAGGUGUAGAGAUGUGGUACAGUAUUUCCAAGCGGUCUAUUGUGUUAUACAGCAGAGGGCUACAUGUUCCUGAGCUUUGUCUGUUUCAGGGCUUCACAUUCCUGAUCUCCUCUGAUUACGAGCGUGCGGAGUGGAGGGAGAUCAUCCGGGAGCAACAGAAGAAGUGUGAGUGUUCUCUGCAACAUAAGCUAUGGUUGCUACAAUCCCAUGACUGAGCUGAUGGUGGCUGUCAGUCUCUCUCUGAACUCCAUUCUCUCCUGCAGGUUUCAAAAGCUUCUCUCUGACCUCUCUGGAGCUGCAGAUGCUCACCAACUCAUGUGUGAAGCUUCAGACGGUCCAUACUAUACCAAUGACCAUGAAUAAAGAAGGUAGGCCAUUGACACAAAACUGAUACAGUAUUAGUAAGAAUGGAAGGCUGGUCAGUAAUCUAACACUUAUAAUAAUAUAUUUAAUUUAAUAUUUUACCUUUAUUUAACUAGGCAAAUCAGUUAAGAACUAAUUCUUAUUUACAAUGACAGCCUACACUGGCCAAACCCGGACAACGCUGGGCCAAUUGUGCGCCGCCCUAUGGGCUCCCAAUCACGGCCGGUUGUGAUAUAGCCUGGAAUCGAACCAGGGGGUCUGUAGUGACGCCUCAAGCACUGAGAUGCAGUGCCUUAGACCACUGCGCCACUCGGGAGAGAGGGAGUUGUUUAUUAGUAUUGUUUUUUAUUUAAACAACUCCUGACUGUUCUCUCUCCUCUCUUUAGAAGAUGAAUCCUCUGGACUCUAUGGUUUUCUGAAUGUCAUUGUUCACUCUGCAUCAGGACUCAAACAGAGCUUGAGUAAGUGGCUCAGUUGUGUUUUCCAUAUUGUUGGUGUCCUACCCUGAUCACCAUGAAAGGAGUAUAGCCAAGGCCGCCCUUCCCUUCCGCUGUCAGUCCCCUCAAGUCCGGCUGUCACCUGGCAGUCAGCUGGCAUUCCCAUGUGGAGCAGCUGCUGGGGAACAGUCAGAACUCACAGGAAUAACGAGGAACACUGUACUCCAGCCAUGGCCAGUCUGGGAUGGAAAACCCCUGUCGUUUCACUCUUUGUCCUAAGUACAGUCAGGCGUACAGCUCACAUACAUACAGUAUCUCUUAUCUUAUACAAAAUCUGACCUGUUAAUCCAGAUGUAAUCUUCUGGACGGGAACUCUUUCCCUUAAAACAUACCAGAUUCAGAGGGCAUGGCAAGUUCCAUUGUGAGGAUUGUCAGAAAGAAUGGUUUAACAGUGUAGCGUAAAGUACAUACAGGACAGUCCUACUGUGACUCAGUAGCCAUGGUAACUCCCAUUAACUGUCUCUUCUACCACACAGAUCUCUACUGCACUCUGGAGGUGGAUUCCUUUGGCUACUUUGUGAACAAAGCCAAGACACGUGUGUACAGAGACUCCACAGAACCCAACUGGAACGAGGUGAGGAUGCCAUGGGUCCGUUAGUGCUCAGAACUCACGUGUCCUGGUGUCUAUUAUUCAGCCUUAUCUGCUAGAUUGUCUCUUACCUGGUUCUGCGCUGUUUCCCUGCAGGAGUUUGAGAUUGAGCUGGAGGGAUCUCAGACUGUGAGGUUGCUGUGUUAUGAGAAGUGCUACAACAAAGCCAAGCAAAACAAGGAGGAUGGAGAGAACACUGACAGGAUCAUAGCCAAAGGACAGAUACAGGUAUGGAGUGUGUUGCCUGCCACACCAGGCUACAGUGGCAACAGUGACAUAGCUUAAUGAAAUAAUAGGUGGUUUACUUUAUUAGGAUCUCCAUUAACUACUGCACAUGCAGCAGCUACUCAUCCUGGGGUCCACAUAAAAUGUACAAAUACACGACAAAGUACAUAACUGUUAUAGACAAGAACAACCUAAGAUAUUACAUAAAAUUCACACAAAGAGACUAUUUACACACUAUUCAUAUAUACAUAUUCUUAUAUGAAUAUACAGUAUAUAUUGAUGUCAUAGGUGGUGAAAAUGACGUAUAUUGUAUACCAGCCCCAAUAUCUGCCAUGUUGUGGGUAAUCCCACCAUGUGUGGUUCUGUGGUGUGGAAAAGGGCUGUGGGGUCGCUGCUGGGUCACCUCAGCCUGACUGGUGAUAGGGUGUUGUGAGUGUGACAGAGGGGGGAUUACAGUUGGGAAGGGAAACAGGCUGACCAAAUGUAGCCCCUGGCACAGAUCCAACCAAUGGCAGUGGAAGGGGGGAGAUAGAGAGCGAACCUUCUUGGUCUAGUUAGUGAAGGGUUAACAUUGGAUGUUUGUUUAUUGAAUAGACAAUCUACUGUAUGUAUUGUCUAUUUUGGACAAUGCACAGCCAACGUGGUCCCUCACAUCGAUUAAGUUGGGCAUGAUGACACUCUGGCCUGGGUCUGAUCUGUUUGUGAAAUUUUAGAUUAGUGCUGAUUGGAGAGGCCGUCUGAACAUUGUGUGUGCAUGUGUUCCCAUAUGUUUGGGGAUGAAAAAGAGACAGAUCAGAUGUGGGAGGGUUUGGUUGAGAGGAAAAGGGGUCAGGUAAAGGCACUAAGUCAGGAGGAGCCAGAGUCACUAGAACCAAAACAGAUCUACCAACUGGUGAUCCAUGAGGAUGCUGUAGGAAGCUACCUGUGUAAACCUGGGGCUGUAUACCCACCCUGCAGUCCUCAUAACAACCUCUGAGCAGCUGCCAGCGUGUGUCCAUAGUCAAGGGAGGAGGGGAUUCUCAGGAGUUAAUCCACAGAUCCAUCUGGGAACUGGGACAACAGGGAGGCAGCAUGGUCUAGAGGCUGCCUUUGUUCCGAUUGUUUUUUUAAUCUGGUGUGCAAGGAUUGAUGGCAGGGUUAAGAAGUUGAUGGGACACCCAGACAUUUGCCAGGACCUACUGGACCAUUAAAGGACUAUAGGGGCCUCUGGAUUCUUUGAGACAAUACGAUAUUUUCUGGACUGCUGCCUUGUUUUGUUUUUCCCAUUGUUUUGAACAGUACAUUAGCUAGUGAAAGUAGAGAGUGAGAGACUGAGUCUUAAGUAGAAGAAUAUGGGUGACACCUGUGAUAAAGAGCUGAUCCUGGAUCAGACCAGCAGUCAGUUCACCAGCAGCUGUUCCCUGGAGGAUGAGGGGGACACAGGUCCCAGGAAGCCCCCAGGCACAGGGGCACGGCUGUGGGGCAGGGUCGUCAGCACUCUUCACAGACAGAAGGUAAAGACAUAGCACAAAUAGGAGAAAGAAUGAGCUAUAUUUCUUGUCAUGGAUGGUCUUUGCUUUGAAACAAAGAGGGUAUUGUAGAUUUUUUUUAAAUAUCCUUAGUUGUACAGUCGCUAGUGAAAGUCUACACACCCCUUGCACAGUUGUCACAUUUUGCUGCCUUUAAUAAAAUUAAAACUAAAAAGAGAUUAAAUUGAUUUCCCCCCUACCGAUCUACACAACUUACUUCACAUUGUUUUAGUCAAAAAUGCUCAAGCUCUGUACAUUUUGUUGGGAACCAUUGAUGUACACCAAUAUUCAAACCAUGUCUCUGAUUUUCAAGCAGAUUUAAGUCAGGACUGAGGCUGGACCACUCAGGAACUCUCCACAACCUGGAAAGCCAUUCCGGUGCGUCUUUGGCAUAAAAAUGUGUGUAAUUGUCCCUCUGAAAAAUCUAUCCCAGGGUUAGGUAUUCAGGUGACUGAGGCAGGUUUUCCUGUAACUUUUUACCUUUGCCCCUUUCAUAUUUAUUUUGCUCCUGACACCCCAGUCCCUGCCGGUGGCAAGCAUACCCAUAACAUGAUGCUGCCACCACAAUACUUGAAAAUACAGAAGGUUUCACUCUGUGUUGUGAUGGUAUUGGAUUUGACCCAAACCGUACGUUUUUAAUUUAGGCCUAAAAGUACAUUUAUUUGUUGUUGAUUUUCAGGUAUUGUGGUGACAGCAUCAUGUUAUGGGUAUGCUUGUUACCAGCAGGGACUAGGCCUAGGGAGUUUGUUAGGAUCAAAAUAAAUAUGAAAGGAGCAAAGCCCUUUAAAAAGUUAGAGGAAAGCCUGCCUCAGACUUCUGAACAGCUAACCCUGGGAGUUUUAUUUUUCAGAGGGACAAUAACAUGCAUUUUAAUACCAAAGACACCCCAGAAUGGCUUUCCAAUUGGUGUUGAGUGUUCCUGAGUGGUCCAGUCUCAGUCUUGACUUAAAUCAGCUUGAAAGUCAGAGACAAUGUUUGAAUAUUGCUGUACAUCAAUGAUUCCCAACCAAAUGUACUGAGCUAUAGCAAUUGACAAAAACAAUGGCUAUAUGUUGCCCUAAGAGUUGUGCAAAGUUGGUAGAAUCUUAUUCAGAAUUAUUCACAGCUGUAAUGGCUGCCAGUGGUGAUUCCACUAAAAACUUGAAAAUGUGAAGUAUGUUGUGUAGAUCGAUAGGAAGAAAAUCAAAUGUAAUCCCUUUUUUAGAUUUCAUUUUAAGCCAGUAAAACGUGACAACUGGGUGUAGACCUUUACUAGAUACUGUAUAUCAUCUACAUUGACAUUUUAGUAAUUUAGCAGACACUCUUAUCCAGAGUGACUUAGUUAGUGUAUUCAUCUUAAGAUAGCUAGGUGGGACAACCACAUAUCACAGGCAUAGAAAGUACAUUUUUCCUCAAUAAAGGAGCUAUCAGUCGAGUCAGAGCUAGAAGGGGGAGGAGGGGGGGAGGGGAGGGGAGGGGGGGGGAGGGGGGGGGUGUUGAGGUGAGGAGAGGAGGAGGAUUAUUUAAGAUACUGUUUGAAGGUAGGGUUUCAGGUGUUUUCGAAAGAUGGGCAGGGACUGCUGUCCUAGCUUCAGGGGGAAGCUGCUUCCACCAUUGGGGUGCCAGGACAGAGAAGAGCUUCCCUCCCGUAGGGGUGCGAGGGCCAAGAAGAGACCUGAGGUGGCAGAACGGAGUGCUCAGGAUGGGGUGUAGGGUUUGAGCAUAGCCUAAAGGUAGGGAGGGGCAGUUCCUCUUGCUGUUCUGUAGGUAAGCACCAUGGUAUUGUAGUGGAUGCAAGCUUUGACUGGAAGCCAGUGGAGUGUGCGGAGGAGUGGGGUGACAUGAGAGAACUUGGGAAGGUUGAGCCCAGCCAACAGCGAGUUGCAGUAGCUCAGACGGGAGAGGACAAUUGCCUGUAUUAGGACCUGCACCACUUCCUAUGUGAGGUAGGGUCAUACUCUACGGAUGUUGUAGAGCAUAACACUGCAGGAGCGAGUCAUUGCUUUUAUGUUUGUAGAGAACAACAAGGUGUUGUCCAGGGUCACACCAAGAUUCUUUGCAUUCUGGGAGGACGACACUGUGGCAUUGUCAACCGUGAUGGAGAGGUCUUUGAGCGGGCAGGCCUUCCCCGGGAGGUAGAGCAGCUCCUUCUUGUUGAGGUUGAGCUUUAGGUGGUGGGCUGACAUCCAAGUUGAGAUAUCUGCCAGGCACGCAGAGAUGUGUGUCGCCACCUGGGUGUCAGAAGGGGGGAAGGAGAAUUAGUUUAGUGUCAUCUGUAUUGCAAUGAUAAGCGAGACCAUGUGAGGAAGCUGGGUGACUUGGUGUAUAGAGAGAAGAGGAGAGGGCCUAGAACCGAGCCCUGGGGGACCCCAGUAGUGAGAGUACGUGGUGCAGACACAGAUCCUCUCCACGUCACCUGGUAGGAGUGGUCUGCCAGGUAGGAUGCAAUCCAAGAGUGUGCAGAGCCUGAGACGCUGAGCCCUGAGAGGGUGGAGAGGAGGAUUGAUGGUUCACGGUGCCAAAGGCAGCGGAUAGAUCUAGGAGGAUGAGAACAGAAGAGCGAGAGUCAGCUUUGGCAGUGCUGAGAGCCUCCGUGACACAGAGAAGAGGAGUCUUGGUUGAGUGACUCGUCUUGAAGCCUGACUGGUUAGGGUCAAGAAGAUCGUUCUGAGAGAGAUAACGAGGAAGUUGAUCAGAGACAGCACGCCUAAGUGUUUUGGAAAGAAAAGAAAGAAGGGAUACAGGUUUAUCGUUUUUGACGUCUGAUGAGUCGACGCAGCCAAUGGUCAGGGAUGAGAGAAGUGAUGAAUGGGAGAAGUUCUCCAGAGAUGGUCUGGAGAAGGUCUCCAGAGAUGGGGUCGAGCGGGCAGGUUGUCGGGUGGCCAGACAUCACUAGUCGCAGGAUUUCAUCUGGAGAGAGGAGAUAAAGAGCCCAAGGCGGAGGGUAGUUCUGUGUGAGUGAGACCAGUGGACACAAUGGGCUGAGUGAAUGAGUAGCAGAUGUCAUCAACCUUCUUCUCAAAGUGGUUGACAAAGUCGUCCGCAGAGUGGGAGGAGGGAGUGGGAGGGGGUGGAUGAUUAAGGAGGGAGGAGAAGGUGGAAAAUAGUUUCCUAGAGUUAGAGGCAGAAGCUUGAAAUUUAGAGUGGUAGAAAGUGGCUUUCGCAGCGGAUACAGUGGAAGAGAAGGUAGAGAGGAGGGAGUGAAAGGAUGAUAGGUCCUCCGGAAGUUUCGUUUUCCUCCAUUUUCUCUCAGCUGCCUGCAGCCCUGUUCUGUAAACUUGCAAUGAGUCACUCAGCCACGGAGCAUAUCCUUUAAGUAUCCUUGAAUGUGUUUUACAGUAUUCUCAUACUUAAUACGUAAUGCUCUUUUCUUUUAAUAAAUCCACUGCAUUAUGUAAGAAGAAAUGGAUGUCCACAGAACAAAAAAAUAUGUUGUAUCUAUCUGUUGGUCACUUGGGUGAGAGGACAUCUGUCAUGUUAGAUAAUCUGAAUACCGGGAGAUGAUGCUAUCACAAUACUCAUGCCUGAUCACUGCAAAUAACUGUUUGCAGCUUGGUAUUAGUCACAUGAUUUAAAAUACAUCAGUGACAUGAGUUGACACUACCCAACCAUAUGAUGUUUUUGUGAGGAUAAGGGCAAGUGAAGGGUAAUUGUUAUGGAAGACCCAGGCUUGCUGAUUGGGGAGAAAGACAAAGUAACCAUCUUUAUCUUUGAAUCCAUCAUUUUGUCAAUUUUUAGCUUUGCUUCAGUGAAAUCCAAUCUAAUAUCGACAGUUUCAUUGAAGUGUUUUUUUAAUACUCUGCUUUAGAUUAAUUGGAAAGGAUCAAGAGGCUAACUGUGCUAAACAUUCAUACAAAGCAGGAUUUUGAGAGGUUUAAAUAUCUGAGCAGUUCAUCUUUACUGGGUUAGAUGAUUACUCUGACUGACAGAUGUCUCCAUAUUUUCCAGCUGGAUCCCCAGACGCUACAAAGCAAAGACUGGCAAAGAACAGUCAUCACCAUGAACGGGGUACGUAUUACCAGCCUAAGUUUAAACAAUCAUCACUGUUUUUCACAAAGCUUUCUGAAACCACACUGCCUUACUUAUUUUGUUUAGCAAAAGUACUGUUUUGGCACAACUUUACAUUGACAUUACUCCAGUGGCCAGUGUAACCGUUUUUAAAUAAGUGAUGUAUAUAACAUGGUAAUUACAUGGGUUUUUCCACUGAUAGUUACUGUGGAAUAAAGAUGACCCCUAUAUUAACGUUUACUGUGUGGAUCAGGAUACAUGCAAUGCUCUUCAUUUCACUGACUCCUGGCUAAUUCUUAACUUCUCUUGGUACAGAUUGACGUGAAGCUGUCAAUGAAGUUCACCAGCAGAGAGUUCAGUCUGAAGAGAAUGCCCUCGCGGAAACAGUCAGGCGUGUUUGGAGUGAAAAUCAGUGUUGUAACCAAGUGAGUGAAUAAUGUGUGUUUGUUAGCCUCUGUAUAAUCUCGGCACCCAGAACCAAAUCAGACUCAUACUUGAGGAUUUUGGCAAUGAAACCAUUUUUAUGUCUCUAUAUGUAGUUUGAAGUAAGUUGCUAGCUAGUAUUAGCGCAAUGCUAACUAGUGUUAGCGCAAUGCCUGGAAGUCUAUGGUAACUGCUAGCAUGCUAGUAGAUACCAUAGACUUACAGUCAUUGCGUUCAUGCUAGUUAGUGUUGGCUCGCGAAACUACCACUAAUUUGCUUCAUACUGGAUACAGAGACAUACAAAUGGUAUCCAUGAGUUCAUCUGACUCUGGGGAAGUAGAUAAAGGGCUCCAUUGCCAAAAUCCCAAAGUAUCCCUUUAAGCCUGUCAUGAAGGACUAGCCUACAUGUAAUGCAUGCCACAUUUCUGUUACCAACACAGAUCAGACCUAAUAUUGUCAAAUGAAUGGGAUACCUCCUCCUACCUCCUUCACUUUAAUCCAAAAACAACAGUGGAGGGUAAGGAAUAACUGUCAAAGACAUGCCUUGUUUGGGAUUUUCUAUUUUCACAUGGAGCACAAGGCUCUCAUGAUCAUUUGUAAAAUAACUUUUGCCCCUUAUGGGCAGGGUCUAUUUGGGAAAACAUCAUUUUACAGUGGUAAAGAUGUAAUACUGCAGGAUGGAGGUAUUUCUCUGUGUUUGCUUUACUCUGAAAGUAGAAAGAAAAUAUAGGGGUCAUUUAUGAGUACUUGGGAACAGGUAUUACAUAUCAAAAUUGAAAAAUGCUCUUGGGUUCAGUUUAUGCACUACCACAAUAAAACAAACAUCAGGUGUGUACUGAAGUCAGAAAUGAGACACACAGUUUUGCAGUCACAGGUAUUUUGACUCAUUAGUGUAAAGCACUAGACUUCUCGUUUCCUGCAUUAAUCCUGCAUUAAGUGUAACCAUGUGUCUGUGUUUGACCUCGACAGACGGGAGCGGUCCAAGGUGCCCCUAAUCGUGAAGCAGUGUGUAGAGGAGAUAGAGCGCCGGGGCAUGGAGGAGGUAGGAAUCUACCGGGUCUCAGGGGUGGCUACAGACAUCCAGGCCCUGAAGGCUGCAUUUGAUGCCAGUGAGUACACCGACCUUGGAUCUCUUCUACAAUGUCAUUUAUGUAUUACUAUUUUUCAUACCGGCUUGCAGCUUACUGUUCCCCCUGUUUAUCGUUAAUUCCUUUCCUCUGAUUGACAGACAAUAAGGAUGUGUCGGUGAUGAUGAGUGAGAUGGAUGUGAAUGCCAUUGCUGGAACGCUGAAGCUGUAUUUCCGUGAGCUGCCGGAACCUCUUUUCACAGAUGACCUGUACCCCAACUUCGCUGGAGGCAUCGGUCAGUCUCUCUUUGUGACCUAAAAAAAUCUUACUAUGGCAUUUAGCCUCAUCAUAGUGAAUACAACAUAAGAGUGACAUUUAACAAACUAUUAAACCUAAAUCAGGUAAGACAAAAAAAUACUAAACAAUUGUGUCUUCGUCUUGCAGCCCUGUCAGACAGUGUGGCUAAGGAGAGCUGUAUGCUGCACCUGCUGCUGUCACUCCCAGAACCCAACCUGGUCACCUUCCUCUUCCUGCUGGAUCACCUGAAGAGGUAUACUCCCCACAGUGACAUGAUUGAUCCUGUCACAUGAAUAUAGUCUAGUGCUGAGCGAUUAACCGAUCAUUUUGGUUUUUGGGGUUAUUAAACAACUAAUUGACCAAUGUCGGUUCAAUUACUUGUAUUCCAUUUAGUUCGGGGUUUCUUUUUGCCCAACGCGUCGUUUCUUUAGAGAGAAAUCAAAUAAUUCAUGAAUUAAAUCAAGUCAAGAACUAUGUGGGACGCUAGGCUGAAGGGUUGUUGUUUUCAUUAAGCAAAUAUUCAACCUAGUUCAGCGCAGAAAUGUGGUAAUUAACUACAAUGGACAUAGUCCAUUGCACCAGUUCUUUCCAGCUCAGACGGAUCAGAGAGGAGGAGGCAAAGCGAGAGGUUUCACUCUCACCAACAUAUGCCCAAAAUAAGCCCAAUGCGUUUCUAUGGGCUUAUUUUUGACCUAAGCUUGUCGCCUGCCUUCCUGCCUUUGGGACACGACUACCAUUGUUAGGGCAGAGACAUGAGCAUCUCUUCAUUAGAUACAGAUCUCUGGCCUGAUACACUUUUACGCCUGCUACGUUAGGUUAGAUACACACAGACCACAUAGACCACAUGAGAGAGGAAUGAACACAACGACGAGAGAAACAGAGACAGUUUGUGAAAGUAUGCCAAAUCUAUUUUGAAGAACUAGUAAAAUGAUAUCGUCAGACAGCUCUGCAGCAUACUUAGGCAGGUUAGCUAAAUAGGAUGACUAAAGACAGUACAGUAUGGGGAGCACAUAACGUUAGAUGGCCUGGCUGGCUGACUGCUACUGCCUGAGCAGAGAUGAGAUUAUUACUUUUUAAGGAAUGAAAAAUAAUAAAGUAAUCAAAUAAAAACUAAGUAAUAUACACAACUGAAAUAUUGUAUUAUUUCAUAGUAAUUUCAAUUUUUUCUAUUGAUGUCUACCCUAUGUGGACCUGAUCAGAGACAAUGGAAUAUUUGUUAUGUUUUGCAAUUGAAUGUUCACUAUUUUUGGCUUUGGAAAUUCCAUUAAAAAGCUCUAAAAUCAUAGUAACGUCAUUAUUUCAUAAUGCAUUUAAUGUUUUUACCGAAAUCAAAAACCGUCAUUAUUUUUUAAUAAUCGAACCGAAACUGAACCGACCUAAAAAAGCACUAAUCUCUCAGCACUAAUACAGUCACAGAUCUGUUAUUCAAAACCUGUUGCUAAUUUCUCCUUCCUUGUUCUCACAAUCAGACACUUUUGAUAUCCUCUGUGUUCUUACAGGAUUGCUGAUAAUGAGGGCGUUAAUAAGAUGUCUUUUCACAACCUGGCCACGGUCUUUGGUCCAACCCUGCUCCGCCCCUCUGAGAAAGACAGCAAGAUCCCAGCCAAUGCCACGCAACCCAUAACAAUGAAUGACAACUGGUCACUGGAGGUUAUGUCACAGGUACUGCCAAAAUCUGUGUAGACAUCUAUAGUGUCUUUUGGAACGUCAAUGUUGAUUUUGUUGCAGAGGUAGAUUCAGAGGUAUUCAUGGAGCCCAUAAAUAUGUGCUAUGGUUCUAAUAAUCCCUUUCCUUUGCUCUUUCCCGCUUCCCCUUCUGUCUCUGUAGGUACAGGUCCUGCUGUAUUUCCUUCAGCUUCAGAGCAUCCCAACACCGGACAGCAAACGUCAAAGCAUUCUCUUUUCCACUGAAGUAUAGCGGGAGCAUGGGCAUUUCCAUCUGUGAAAAACAGAGGGAGGAAGAAGUGGACAAAAUUAUCCCUUUCAUGGUAAAUUGUUGGCUGCUGGAGGAAAUGAACACUGCUAAGGAGCAAUGGCUGGAUUACAGGGUACCUGCUCUAUAUGGCCACCAGAGGGAGUCAACAGCACAUUUCAGACUAACAAAUUCAGUACUUUCAUGACCAAAGCCAUUCCAUUAUGAUCAAUGAUCCAAAUAUCAUCCUUAUCUUGCUGCCCUUAAAACUGUCGUACACAGACACAAAAAGCCAUUUAAUAUGGUCAAGUCAAAGCACAGACCAUUCCUUUAUUAGAUUUUUAAUUGCAAAAAUGUUUUUACCAGAUGAAGUGAGGCAAAUUGUCAUCUCCAUGAUCCCUUAUAUUAGGUGUGCUGAGCAUUUACAGAUAGUGUGUAACAAUCUGUUAAUUAUUUGACAAUCAACUCAUUUUAGAGGCACUGAUGAUCCACUGAUUAUUAUCAAAACUGUGAAAAAUAGUUUCAUUCCUUAUUAAGACACAAGGCCUGUUUCAUAACUUUUCCCUGCUGAAGCCCAUUGUAGGAAAAUGUGCAUUCACCAGAUGUUUAUGCGAAUGCUCUCUUUAUUUUGUAAGGAAUGUGAGACUGAUCAAACUUAAGUAGGUAUAUUUAACAUGCAGGCAUGUUGACAUAAAUGUGUUUUUAAUACUUUUCUCUUCAAAUAACUGCUGUUUGUGAGUUUCUGUUAAGAUAUUUCUGGGAGGUUGUACUUAGUUAAACAGUGGACCUCAACCAUAUCUCAGAAUGUCUUUUUUUUGUUUUUAUCUUAUAUGGACCUGAAAGCUGGAUAUUGCUAAAUAUGUUGUAAGACCAGCUGCAUUAAGUAGUAGGCCUAAAUGUUUAAGUACAAUUAUGACAGUCCUACAUUUUCCUUAAGCAUUCCCACUGUAGCGUCAUUUAUCUUUUGAUCUUAUUCAAUUAGAGAUCAUUCAUCUGAACACACCACCCCUUUACUGGAUGAAUUUUGUUUUUAUUUCAGAUGGGUUAAAACCAAAGACUAUUCAGUGCUGUCACGUGGAAAUUAGACAGAAAUAGCACUGAUAAGCUUUGUCUCUUUAUUCAAUUUUAGUGGUAGUGAUCCACUAAUAUCCAAAUCUCCUGGGUAUGAAAACAAGUAUGGGACAUUGUGAAGGGCACCAUUGUCUUCUGUUGUGUUAUUUUGUUUCUAGCAAAAUAUAUAAAGGGUUUACUGUUCUCUGCCUGGCGAGCUGUAACUUCGAAAGCCCUUAAAAAUAUAUAUAUGUGCUUGCAAAGUGAAAAUCAUUCCAAAUGUUUACAGAUAUCUGAAUUAAGAUGUUAAGCAAGAUAUGAAACUGUUAUGCUAACUGACUGUUUAUAGUGUAUCAGCAAUCACUUAAUUUACAUUUCUUCCUUCCAGACAGUUGUUGUAGUCAUUAUCCUAAGAAAGGCUAAUUUAUGUAGCUACAAUAAAGAGUUGAUUCCCAUGUGCUUUGUAUUUUUUUAAUUUUGAUUCUCUGCAAUCUGAGAACACAAUUUAAGAUUAUUUAACAUGAUUUUGUUCAAGUGUUGUGUCGGUAGAAGAUGAUUUUAGUUAUUUUCUGCACAAUGUAUACUCUAAAACAGCUGCGUGAGACUUUGUAGCUAGCUGAGAUUCAAUACAUGUUCUUUAUUCCUAUAGAGCUGGGCUCUAGAUGUAAAUGGGCUAGAAUGCGCAUGCCGAUCUUGUUAAAUACAUCUAUGGAGGAUGCGCUCCAGUCCAGGGCAAGGCUCUGGGAAGCAAUAAUCAGGCUGAUGUUCGCUGCAUUGACGACUGAAAAGCAACGUGUCAGAUGGACCAAAUUGGGAUAACCUCCAGUAUCUAUCUGUCUCAGCUACAAAGCUGUCUUAAAAUGUAUUCGCAUCCAGUUAUACAUUUUCACUCUUCAAGGAUCAAAUAGAAGAAGCCACGGUAUGAAUUUUAGCUAGCUACAGACAGUACGUUAAUAACGUCUUUAUCAAGCUAAGCUAGCUAGCUACUGUAGUUAUGUGAAAAUAUAGACUUUAGCUAAUCAUUUCUUAGCUAAUGUAUUUCUGGGGAAAGCUUGCAACUUUCACGUCUCCUGGAACAUUCAAUUUAGUCGUAUUUUAGGCUAGCUAUAGUUGCCAGUCUCAGACUAGGAAAAAAAAACGAACGUUAGCUGAAUAGUUUGACACAGCUAGCAAGCUAACGUCAACUGGCUAGCGACGGUAACUUGCUAAUUAACGUUAGCUGACAACUUCUCAUGAUUGGCUGUAUGGAAAUGUUGAUUACAAAAUGUUGGCUGCAAGCUAUUUAGAUACUACUAGAUAGUAAGCUAGCUAGCUUUGUUAUUAUUCUAGCUAACGGUAACUAAAAAGGCAAGUGGGGUGACACUGUCAACUGGUCAUAUAACCAAAUAUUUUUUUCACUAACCCAAGCUCAUAGUUCUAUCUGUGACAUUGCCAGAAGAUUCCGACCCUAACAUUACCCUUGUUUAAACUGAUCUGCACUGGGGUCGGAACGCAAUCAUGGUUCCAUUAAGACACUGUGGAGCCGAUGUCGGAAAAUGUAUCUCAAUGCAGGGAUGGGAUAUGCCUUUAUCCACACUAAUUCAUUGAGAAGGUUGAAAUACUGCUAGUUUUCCCAGAAAACGGCCCAGUUUGUCCUCAUGCUAGCUAGCAGUAGCCAACACAGCCAUUUUGGAAUGGCAGUGUCAGCCAAUCAGCAUGAGGACGAAAAAGGCAGUUUUCCGGGAAAACUAGCAGUAUUUCAAUCUUCUCGAUGGAGCAGUGUGGAUGAAGGUACAAUUUGGAGUAAGGUGGCAUAUCCCAUCCCUGCAUAGAGGCCCACAGGGAAAUGGUACAAAUCCCUGCAAGCUCCUGCACGUCAUCUCUAGCUGACACUUUUAAUAACAGGUAUUGUGUCAAUUUAAAACUUGCACAAGACAGUUAACGGAAUUGUCCAUUUUAAAUACAUUUUACCAAUUUAUUCAUUAUUACAUUUAGCUAACAUUAGAUAGUUAAUCCAGAGAUUCUUACCUUUGCCUCGAUUCGGCAGUCUCGUCCAGAUCAUGAUAACCACAUUAGCAGCUAAUUAGCAUUUCAUUAUUGGGUGUAAAUACAGGUGAAUAUAUUGAUAGAAGUCACCUUGGCCUAGAGAGAUUUACACGGUUAUCAAAACGUCACGCCAGGGUAAGCCUACACACAACACAGCCCUUAUUUUAAGUGUUUAAAAAUCCCCUAUGGUGGAAAAACGAUUGGAACCAUUUCCCUGUUUGACUGCUAGGUUUUAUGAGUAUUAUGACUCAUACUGUCGUACUCUAUAGAGGUACGUUUUCCGACCCAUAUCUUGCGCCGGCUACACAAUGUCUUAAUGUAACCAUGAUUGUGUUCCGACCGGGGGUAAACAAGCAUAACGAUAGGGUCGGAAUCAUCUGGCUAGAUAUGUCAAAUGUCAUGGCAAUAACUAACUUGUCAUGUAGUCCUCCUGAUUGUGGCGAUGCUUUCCAUUGCCUGUACAGCAUACCCACGCAAAUGUACAUAGUACAAUCCUUAACAUCCCUUGUCUGUCACAUGUUGAAUACAAUUAUACUUGUACUUACUCUGCCGAUUGUCUGUGGGGGUGGUCCUUCAGCUGGUUGAAACUUGAGACAAAAUAUCCACAGAAAAUUAUUAUUAAACAGACUUCAAAACGCAAGUCUCUGUGUGUGUCAAUUAAGAUGUGUUUGCUCAUGACCUAAGACAUGUGCACAAGAUGGAAGUACAUGCACGUAGCAUACUAACCGAAGUCUUGUAGGUGUUUACAUAGUUUUGCGCAUGUGCCAGGUGAUAGAAAGUUCAACGGCAGUACCGGCACUCUAAAAGUCUGGAUAUUUUGUCUCAAAUUUCGACCAGCUGAAGGACCAACCGCACAGACAAUUGGCAGAGGGAAAUUCAAAUGGAAUUUUAGUAAACAUUCUGGCUUGUAAAGAAACAAGUUUCCACGUUUUUGCAGUGCUUUGUUUGACUGUAUACCAAGAAUUGGUAUCAUAGUCUGAUUUAGGCAACUUGUCAUAGCUAUCUAGCUACAUUAUUAAUGUUUGUGAUUCCCUGGGCCUGAAGCAUGUCACUCUUUUUUCCACAUGCAACUUAGAGGUCUCUCUAAAGCCCAUAUAGCUGAUUUAUUUAGAAAAUAUAAAACACACGUCUCAUUAUACAGUAGAAGAAUUCAAAGUGAGCAUAUUUCUCCUGACUAUUCUUUAUUUUCCUGAAUUGAAUAUCUUUAAGCUUUACAAUCUGCUCUCCAAUGUCCUGUCCAGGGAAUGUGACUUGUGCAAUAUGAAUUUGGCUACUCCUCCUUGUCUCUGAAUCCUGCCUUUUGGGAAAAUUUCCCAAAGUGAAAAAUCUUCAGUUCUUGGAAAUGUUCCUAGAGCUGGAAGUUACCUAAGCACCCAUUUGUGCAUGUGUAAUUGUCUAUAGUCUGAUCCUACUUUUUAAAGAAGCCUGAGUUGUUCACCUCACACUCUGAUAUUUCCUGAGCUCUGAUACAGAUUGUCCUAGCCAUGUGUUUUGUGUUGUAUGCACUGCAUAGCGCAGUGUUUCUCCAUCCUGGUCUUGGGGACCCAAAGGAUUGGGAAACAUUGGUAUAGCAUAAUAGGGUACAUGAAGGAUGGCUUGGUUGGAUCUGUUAGGAGGACUGGGUCUUUGGCUAUAAUGGAUGUUUUCGACUGAAGAGUUGAGGUUACACUUUCUGCUCUGUCUGAAACACACUGAUGCCUACUUGUCCUCGCACACAUUCAUCCUUGUAGAAUUUUCUCAAAGGAGACGCCACCACAGGAAGCGGAUGUUAUGGAAGGGAAGUGACUCCCGCAGUCAAAGCACUGAAUAAGGAAGAUGAGGAAGAGGGAGGGGCAGUUUCCAGUAGGCCGAAUCUUGCUCGCUCUCUCUUGCUUCCUUUUUUCCCUGCUUUUAAUGGUUUUGUUUCAUAAGCAACAAGGGGACACUGACUGUGCAUAGUUGUCCUUCGGGUCAGCCUUGGAUUGAAUCCAAGGGUUCCAUGCGUUCAUUAGCCGGACAUUGUUGGAAUCAAAUAGCAGCACUAGCCCAAUCAUCAUGGCUAGUGCUGGCUUUAGAUCUUGCUAGUCUGUUGCUGAGCGAGAACUCAUCACCCUAGACGCCAACCCUUUACCCACCCAUGAAUGCAUAGCUGGGAUUGUCAUGUCCUUUCACUUUCUGUACCCCAUUUGCACACAGUGCAUUUUACAUAAGACCAAGGCCUUUAUUUCUUCUUAGAGGAUGCUGGGAUGCAUUACUAAUAUUUGGACUAUAAGAAUGCCAUUGAAGUAUUACUGCACACCUGAACCUGAUAGUCUACGGAAGGCAUAUGAAUAGUGAGAAUAGACUGAAAGUCUAGGCUAUACCCGCAGCCUCUCUCUCACUCAAUCCCAUUCAUUCAUAGCCAAAGAAAAUGGCAGCCUUCCAAGUCGUGUGUUUGGGUGAUCAGAAAGCUGUACCCAGGCUGUAUUGAGAGCCCAUGUCAGCAGCUGGCAACAUGCCCUGCACAAUCCAAACAGAGGUCAGAUAGGGUGAGAACACACACACACACACCUGACUGGGGAGUGUAGGCUACAGUAGAACACUCUUCUGUUGCAAGAUGUCCCUAUUUAUAUGUUUUGUUUUACUUAAAGGUGCAACUCUAAAGGAAUGUUUCAAUGCCAAGUUUUACAUUAAUAUUCCACUGCCAGUAAGGGUGUAUUGUAUUUCAUUGUUGUUAUUUCAACAUUCACUAUCUGGUCUGUCUCUUACCCUCUGGCUGUUCAAGAAUGUGUACACUACUAGGCAUAUUUCAAUGAGGGUCUGAAUAAACAAGCACCUCCCAAUCACAGGAACCAUGGGGCUUCAACACACAUCUCACAGCUGAGAGACAUUAGGCAGAGUUUACUCCUAACGAGCACAAGUGCUCUGCUGCUCUGCUAUAAAUGAGAGGCGAGAGAGGACAACGGGGAGCUGUUAAAAAAGCUCUGGAAAGAUCUCAUAACUCCAGCACAAGUGCAGAAAGACCCAAAAGGACCAGACUGCGUGUUCCCUUUUUGAUGGUUUAAAGUAGAAAGACAAAUGGAAGCGUUUUGGCGUCAUAUCUGAAUUUAUUAAUAUGCCAAACAAGAGUUUAGAAAACGUUAUCACUUUGUCACAGGCACGGAUUAUUCUAUUUAGACAGAAAUGCACCCUAUAUCAUUUAUAUUUAGAAAAUAAACAAGUAUAAUAUUUACUCAACUUUCUGUCUGCUUACUUGAUUAAACAAUGAUGGCCUUUCCAGGCAGGGCGUUGGUACUUCCACCUGCACCCAGCUUGAGAGCAGGCACAGAGAGAUCCAGAAAGCCUGCUUGGUUUAAUGGUCACAUAUGCUGUGCAGGAUAGUAUGUCCAGCAGGUUGGGUUAGAGAUCAUAGGAAUCGCAGGGAAGAACAGCAGCACUAAUGUAACUCAGCUGAGGGAUAUUACUGAGAUCUGCCCCCCGUCCCGUCCCGUCUCAUCUCCAGCAGUAUAGAAUUUAAACUACGCCCACAUCUCUGAGAACCAUAGUAUGGCCGAGCCCUUUGGAAAGCCAUUACUCUGCAAAUUGGUUCACCAAUUGGUUUAUUUUUAGGCUAUCUUCAGGGCCUAUUGCAAUUACGAUUUACUCUUGCGAUUUGUUACACAACUAUUCCUUGUAGACAAAAAGUAAAAAUGUCUUGUGUGCAACAACUAGAAUACUUCUGGUUAUGUAACUUUCAGGAAGAAAAAGACUGCCUCAUUUGUCAUAUAACGCUGUUUUAUAACCUCCGCUGUCAUAGAUAAAGCCCCAAAUACUUUCCCUACCUUGGUCAUCAUGACAGCAAGGCAAGUUGUCCAUGCACCUGGGUGAGACGUGUGAACUAAUACACAUGGAUUGUGUAUUACAUUUUUAUCAGUGAGGUCGGAACUUCUGAGCAGAGAACAACCCCAGUUGAACCCUAACCAGCCUAUGACUGCCAUCUGGUAAUGCUGAUGACAGUCAGGAUAUCUGAGACUGGGAUGAAGAGAGAUUAAGUCAAAUGAGCAUGCCUGGUUUUCCAGACUUGUGGAGCUAAGGUGUUUUCCUUUAAUGGAAAUUAUUUCAAGGAAAUAUAGUUGAAGGUAGUCCUUCCACUGAUAUGUUGUCCUUUCUCCCUGUGUGUUUCCAGAUUGAGGUGUAAAUGUAUGGGCAUCAGAGAGCCCAGUAUGAAGAAGACAGGCAGGCCGGUGGUGAGUAAGGCUCAAAGUGGAGAGAGGGGGAAGACUGAAGGCGCUGCUACAGGAAUCACAGGCAAGGCUGCAGCCAAGACCACCACAAUGGCACCACUGUCAAAGGUACACUUCUAUCCCACUACACGUCUUGUAACUAAGCCAGGUACACUUCUAUCAAAUUCUAAAUUAUGUACAAUGGCCUACUUUGCCAACACCCAUUUGUACAUGUUUAUCAUGGUACCGAACAAUCCUAUGUUAUUCUUCUGGUGGCUGGCUGGAUUAGUGGGCAUUAAAGUAAUUGUUUUCAUGUAAUUGUUUUCCAUGUGAUUUGUUCUCCAGGUUAAAAGCAAUGAUGAUCUGCUAGCAGCAGUGGCAGGGGGCACUCCAGCUAUGAACAGCACUGUGACCAAGAACAAGAGAACUGCCUCCACGGGGACCAGCAGUGGUAACCCAGACAGUAAACCAAAGACUAGCUCAAGUAAAUCUGUUUAUAUCUUUAUAUUAGCUGACUAGCCUUUAAUGACCUAGUCUAUGUUCAUCAUACUUAUUAUUACUCUGCAUUUCAUGCUUGCUGGGUUCUGUCUCUCUUUACAAGGUUCUUCAGCCAAACGUGUGACGUCCUCUACCUCCAAGGAGCCCAACUCAUCAAGGGACCGUCUGCGGACAUCCAGAACAUCGGCUAGUAAGAAGCAGUCAUCGUCAGGGGCAGGGCAGGAGGAUGUGGCCCAGGGAAAGCGCUCUCGCAGCCAGCAGCUGACAGAGUCGGAGGGCCGCAUGAACAAGUCUAAAUCAGACAGCCAGAUCAGUAUCAAGGUAGCCCUGGAGGCCAAGGUAAAAGACCUGCUGGGUUUGGCCAAGAGCAAAGACUUGGAGAUCCUGCACCUGCGCAGCGAGCUGAGGGACAUGAGGGCCCAGCUGGGCCUGGGAGGGGAGGAGGUGCCCCCAGAGGAGGGAGGAGGGGAGGAGGAGAAGCCCCAGGAGAGGGAGGUGUCGGCCAUCACAGCAGCGGAUGUGGAGUCCACGCUGCUUCUCCUGCAGGAGCAGAACCAUGCCAUCCGUGAGGAGCUGAACCUGUUGAAGAGUGAGAACCGCAUGCUGAAGGACCGGCUCAACGCGCUGGGCUUCUCGCUGGAGCAGAGGCUGGAUGGCUCUGACAAAUUCUUCAGCUACCCCUCCCUGAGCCCAGACCUGGCAGUCAGCAGCGGUCACAGUGAUGGCGGGGGCACUGGUACCCUCACCUCCUCUGUGGAGGGCUCUGCCCCGGGCUCCCUGGAGGACCUGCUGACGGCCCAGCAGCACGGUGGUUCAGUGGACAACUUGGACAGUGAGUCCAGCGAGGUCUACCAGGGCAUCACCUCCAGCGAUGACGCCCUGGACGCCCCCUCCGGAGCAUCGUCCUCCUCCGAGUCGGAGAGCGUGCCCAGCCGAGAGCGCUCACACCGGGGCAGCAGCGGCAACGCCAGUGAGGUGUCUGUGGCCUGCCUGACAGAGCGCAUCCAUCAGAUGGAGGAGAACCAGCACAGCACGGCCGAGGAGCUGCAGGCCACACUACAGGAGCUGGCUGACCUGCAGCAGAUCACCCAGGAGCUGAACGGAGAAAACGAGAGGCUAGGGGAGGAGAAGGUCAUCCUCAUGGACUCCCUGUGCCAGCAGAGCGACAAGCUGGAGCACUACAGCCGGCAGAUUGAGUACUUCCGCUCUCUACUGGACGAUCACCACUUGUCCUACGUCCUGGAGGAGGACAUCAAGAGCGGCCGCUACAUGGAGCUGGAGCAGCGCUACGUGGACCUAGCCGACAAUGCCUGUUUCGAGAGGGAGCAGCUGCUGGGGGUGCAGCAGCACCUCAGCAACACGCUGAAGAUGGCGGAGCAGGACAACGCUGAGGCCCAGGAGGUAAUUGGGGCUCUGAAGGAGAGGAACCACCACAUUGAGCGCAUCAUGGAGUCGGAGAGGCAGGACCGGGGUACCAUGGUGGCAGCGCUGGAGGAGUACAAGGCAGCGGUGAGCUGUGACCAGGUAGAGCUGAGCCGCUGCAGGGCCCAGCUGGACCAGGAGAGGCAGAAGGUGGCUGAGCUCUACUCCAUCCACAACUCUGGAGACAAGAGUGACAUCUGCCAGCUGCUGGAGGGAGUUCGGCUGGACAAGGAGGAGGCGGAGGGCAGGGCUGCCAAACUGCAGGAGGAGCUGAGCCACGCCCGCACUGAUGUCACCAGGCUGCAGGACACCCUCAAUAAGGUGAGUCCACCACGCACACACCAUCCUACAGAGGUAGUACACUUGAUCCCUGAACCCACCCUUUUGAUAGUUUGCCCAUUUUCACCAUCAAAGUUGCGAGACUGCUUCUGUCUCCUGUAUCCAACUUGUGAAAAGUUGACGAAAGUCCACUUUCCUCCAUGUACCUCACCACUGAAAUAGAGAAUGAGCAUUCAUUUGGGCCAUUUAGUUUAUGAAUGAGAUGAUGAUUGAUUCCCUGGAUGGUGUGUGCAGCUUGAUAGGGAGUACCGGGACUUCCAGGAGCAGGUGCAGAAGCAGAUGGCUGAGCAGAAGCGUGGGCUGGAGAAGCAGCGCGGGGAGCUGCAGGAGAAGGAGACGGAGAUCGGCGACAUGAAGGAGACCAUCUUUGAGCUGGAGGACGAGGUGGAGCAGCACCGAGCCGUAAAACUCCACGACAACCUCAUCAUCACAGACCUGGAGAGUGAGUGGGCUAUGGCCAAGGGGGAAAACAUGUCACAGCAUCAUAGAUCUAUGCCAUAUCACAUAAGUAAGGCCAGGUCCGGGAGUUUUAUGGCACUUUUUGAGGCACUGUGCUUUUACCGGUAUUUCCAACAUUGUCCACUAGUGUUGCUGCAGGUAGUAAAUCUUAGGAAAUGUUCUGUAAUUAACACAAGCUGUCUCCAAUCAAUCAAUCAAUCCAUGUCUGGUUGUGCGUGUGUGUUUAGCGGGGAGAUCGCCUAAGCCAGGGGAGGCGUAGCUCUGCGAAUCUUAAUCGCACAAAACCUAUUAUUUGGCAGGGAAUACUAUUUGUAGAUCAGUGAUUCUACAGCACACUUUGCUCAAGCUGAUCCUGUCCAACGGACUCGGACGUUGUAACUAAAUGGGCCAAUUAGGGGAAGUUUCACGCAAAAGUUGACAUUCAUAAAAAAAUUCUACUUGACGAGAGAAUGUGCUCACCUCCCCACAAACUUUCGACCAUGCGCAUGCACAUCUGCUAGUGGUUGAAAUAUUGUGCAAAAAAAACAGGAAAACAUAUUAACAAGAAUGCAGCCAUUUGGUGUUAGUGAGAUGAGUGAAAAUGUGUUUUAUUUUUUGAAUCUAAAAUAAUUAGACAUAGGAAUCUUUUUCCUAUUUAUUUUAUUUUCAUAACCAUUGCAGAAUAAAUUCCUCACCUUUUCUGGCCAUGAUGGGUUCAUAUUCCCAAAGUAGCCAUACAACAAAUGACCAUGCUCAUCUCUCAUGGGCCUAUUAAAUAGAUAGGCUAUAUGUGUUUCAAGUUUUGCCAUCCCAAAUGCAGCGCGGUUUAUAAUAUAGACCUACAGUUGAAUUUAACAGGUGAACAGUUGAUCUUUUACAUUGAAGUAGGCCUAUGUAUGCUACUGUAAGUACUGUAUUUAAUGUUUUUUUUGUGUGUUUUUAGAAUUGGUGGGCAGUCCAUCAUAUUUAGGUUGGGGGAAAAGUCGAUGCAAAAACAUUGUUGAAUUCACACGUUCUGCUGACAGGUCCACAACAAUUUGCCAUUGCUUUCUCCUAUAGAAACUGACACAGUCCUUUGCCAGAUACAGCAUAAAUUUGUGCAAAAGAUUAAAAUAUUCUGCCAACACAGUAAAAUCUAUAUUUUGCAUAAGCCGUAGCUUAUGUUAAAUAUUUAACUGUAUGGGCAGGCUACAGUAUUGCUGUGCAAUAGUAGCGUGACAUCAUUGCCUAUUUAAUAUCAGAACCUCUACCAAGGCAGGACAUGGAAACCCAUAAUCAGUGUUGGGGAAGCUACUCUGAAAAUAUAGUGUACCAAGCUACCAAUUACUUCACACUGGAGGAAGUUAAGCUAAACUAAAGCUACCCUUAAAAAAUAUAGUUUACUUAACUAAAGUUACUUUGAAAAAGUAGUUAACGACAUCAAAACUACUUUGUAAAAAAUUAUCAUAUGUAAAUCUGAAAUGUCAUAGACGACAAAUUGCAAGAACAGAUCACUCUGUAGUCUGAUGUUAACUGAAUGUGUAAUUUAUUCUAUUAAUCACAAAAACAAUGUUUCAAGUGAGAGUUGGGCAGGUCUGAUGCCGAAAAGGAAAGGGAAUUAUUGCCUAUUUCACCCAUAUUUAAUUUUUGUAAAAAGAGUAGUGUAUAGUUCCAGUAGUUAGCUACACAACUACAUGGCAAAAAAGUUAACUAUUGAAAAACACUACCUGAUUUGAAUGUAGUACAACUAGCACCAAGCUACUGCAAAAUGUCGCUAAAUUACUAGUUGAACUACAUGUAGUUUACUACUCUCCAACGCUGCCAAUAAUCUAUUGAUGAACUAAAUAUUGAACAACAACUUGUCUUUUACAUAGAAGUGUGGGCUGUAGCAUUUAGCCUAAUUGUUUUGAAUAUACAAUCAAUCUUGCAGAAUUGCAACUUGCUAUAUAGGCAGCAUGCAUGUUUAGUUUGAAAAAGUCACUGCAAAAUAUCCAAACAUUCUGCCCACAACUCUACAGAAAUAUGAUCUAAAUUGCCAUUUCUCUUUCUUAUAGAAACUACAGUGGCCUAAUUCCAAUAGUUUCUAAUUAUACAGCAAAUAAAGGGUUUUAUUAUCACCAUAAAAGGUGAAUGGUGGAGUUUUAAUGCUCGUUCACGGGCGCACAGUUCUUUUACGACAGGUCUGAUUUACACUAUCAGUCAAAUGUUUAUUUAAAAAAAAAAAUUACAUUGUAGAAUAAUAGUGAAGACAUCAAAACUAUGAAAUAACACAUAUGGAAUCAUGUAGUAACCAAAAAAGUGUUAAACAAAUCAAAAUAUAUUUUAUAUUUGAGAUUUUUCAAAUAGCCACCCUUUGCCUUGAUGACAGCUUUGCACGCUCUUGGCAUUCUUUCAACCAGCUUCAUGAGGGAGUCACCUGGAAUGCAUUUCAAUUAACAGGUGUGCCUUCUUAAAAGUUAAUUUAUUUCCUUUUUAAUGUGUUUGAGCCAAUCAGUUGUGUUGUGACAAGGUAGGGGGGGGGUAUACAGAUGAUAGCCCUAUUUGGUAAAAGUCCAUAUUAUGGCAAGAACGGCUCAAAUAAGCAAAGAGAAACGACAGUCCAUCCAUUACUUUAAGAUAUGAAAGUCAGUCAAUACGGAACAUUUCAAGUGCAGUCGCAAAAACCAUCAAGCGCUAUGAUGAAACUGGCUCUCAUGAGGACCGCCACAGGAAUGGAAGACCCAGAGUUACCUCUGUUGCAGAGGAUAAGUUCAUUAGAGUUACCAGCCUCAGAAAUUGCAGCCCAAAUAAAUGCUUCACAGAGUUCAAGUAACAGACACAUGUCAACAUCAACUGUUCAGAGGAGACUGUGUGAAUCAGGCCUUCAUGGUCAAAUUGCUGCAAAGAAACCCCUACUAAAGGACACCAAUAAGAAGAAGAGACCUGCUUGGGCCGAAACACGAGAAAUGGACAUUAGACCGGUGGAAAUGUGUCCUUUGGUCAGGGUCCAAAUUGGAGAUUUUUGGUUCAAACCGCCAUGUCUUUGUGAGACGCGGUGUGGGUGAACGGAUGAUCUCCGCAUGUGUAUUUACCACCGUAAAGCAUGGAGGAGGAGGUGUUAUGGUGUGGGGGUGCUUUGCUGGUGACACUGUCUGUGAUUUAUUUAGAAUUCAAGGCACACUUAACCAGCAUGGCUACCACAGCAUUCUGCAGCGAUACUCCUCCCAUCUGGUUUGGGCUUAGUGGGACUAUCAUUUGUUUUUCAACAGGACAAUGACCCAAACACCUCCAGGCUGUGUAAGGGCUAUUUUACCAAGAAGGAGAGUGGAGUGCUGCAUCAGAUGACCUGGCCUCCACAAUUCCCCGACCUCAACCCAAUUGAGAUGGUUUGGGAUGAGUCGGACGGCAGAGUGAAGGAAAAGCAGCCAACAAGUGCUUAGCAUAUGUGGGAACUCCUUCAAGACUGUUGGAAAAGCAUUUCAGGUGAAGCUGGUUGAGAGAAUGCCAAGAGUGUGCAAAGCUGUCAUCAAGGCAAAGGGUGGCUAUUUGAAGAAUCUCAAAUAUAAAAUAUAUUUUGAUUAGUUUAACACUUUUUUGGUUACUACAUGAUUCCAUAUGUGUUAUUUCAUAGUUUUGAUGUCUUCACUAUUAUUCUACAAUGUAACAAAUAGUAAAAAUAAAGAAAAACCCUUGAAUGAAUAGGUGUGUCCAAACCUUUGACUGGUACUGUAUAACGGGAAACAUUCGUAUACCAUGGUGCGCCAAGUCUAUAAAUCUCUGUAUUUUUGUAAGUGCGCAGAAUUUUCAGACAUUUUGUGUGAAAUUUAUGCAAUGGUUAUAAAUGAAGCCCCUGGCUCUACACAUAAGACAUAACACUGGAACCCCACAAUGCAUUUUCCACCUUUGGCCAGUGCCACAUGGUGGCUGUGUAGAGCUGUGUCAGGCUUCUUGCAGCCAGAGGAAACUGUGAACAGUAGGAGUGUGCCAAGUACUUGGACAAAACAAGUAUUGUAAUGUAUAUGGAGAAUUUUCCGUGUACGAUUAUGACUAGUAUUUUUUGGGGAAUUACAGUUGAAGUCGGAAGUUUACAUACACUUAGGUUGGAGUCAUUAAAACUCGUUUUUCAGCCACUCCACAAAUUUCUUGUUAACAAACUAUAGUUUUGGCAAGUCAGUUAGGACAUCUACUUUGUGCAUGACACAAUUUUUCCAACAAUUGUUUACAGAUAUAUUAUUUCACUUAUAAUUCACUGUAUCACAAUUCCAGUGGGUCAGAAGUUUACAUACACUAAGUUGACUGUGCCUUUAAACAGCGUGGAAAAUUCCAGAAAAUGAUGUCAUGGGUUUAGAAGCUUCUGAUAGGCUAAUUGAAAUCAUUUGAGGCAAUUGGAGGUGUACCUGUGGAUGUAUUUCAAGGCCUACCUUCAAACUCAGUGCCUCCUUGCUUGACAUCAUGGGAAAAUCAAAAGAAAUCAGCCAAGCCCUCAGAAAAAAAAUUGUAGACCUCCACAAGUCUGGUUCAUCCUUGGGAGCAAUUUCCAAAUGCCUGAAGGUACCACGUUCAUCUGUACAAACAAUAGUACGCAAGUAUAAACACCAUGGGACCACGUAGCCGUCAUACCGCUCAGGAAGGAGACGCGUUCUGUCUCCUAGAGAUGAACAUUCUUUGGUGCGAAAAGUGCAAAUCAAUCCCAGAACAACAGCAAAGGACCUUGUGAAGAUGCUGGAGGAAAUGGGUACAGUAAAACGAGUCCAAUAUCGACAUAACCUGAAAGGCCGCUCAGCAAGGAAGAAGCCACUGCUCCAAAACUGCCAUAAAAAGCCAGACUACGGUUUGCAACUGCACAUGGGCACAAAGAUCGUACUUUUUGGAGAAAUGUCCUCUGGUCUGAUGAAACAAAAAUAGAACUGUUUGGCCAUAAUGACCAUCGUUAUGUUUGGAGGAAAAAGGUGGGAGCUUGCAAGCCGAAGAACACCAUCACAACCGUGAAGCACGGGGGUGGCAGCAUCAUGCUGUGGGGGUGCUUUGCUGCAGGAGGGACUGGUGCACUUCACAAAAUAGAUGGCAUCAUGAGGAAGGAAAAUUAUGUGGAUAUAUUGAAGCAACAUCUCAAGACAUCAGUCAGGAAGUUAAAAAUGGGUUGCAAAUGGGUCUUCCAAAUGGACAAUGACCCCAAGCAUACUUCCAAAGUUGUGGCAAAAUGGCUUAAGGACAACAAAACCAAGGAAUUGGAGUGGCCAUCACAAAGCCCUGACCUCAAUCCUAUAGAAAAUGUGUGGGCAGAACUGAAAAGGCGUGUGCGAGCAAGGAGGCCUACAAACCUGACUCAGUUACACCAGCUCUGUCAGGAGGAAUGGGCCAAAAUUCACCCAAGUUAUUGUGGGAAGCGUGUGGAAGGCUACUCGAAACGUUUGACCCAAGUUAAACAAUUUGAAGGCAAUGCUACCAAAUACUAAUUGAGUAUGUAAACUUCUGACCCACUGGGAAUGUGAUGAAAGAAAUAAAAGCUGAAAUAAAUAAUUCUCUCUACUGUUAUUCUGACAUUUCACAUUCUUAAAAUAAAGUGGUGAUCCUAACUGGGAAUUUUUACUAGAAUUAAAUGUCAGAAAUUGUGAAAAUCAGAGUUUAAAUGUAUUUGGCUAAGGUGUAUGUAAACUUCUGACUUCAACUGUAUUUGUGAUCGGAAAAAGUUAUUAUCAGCUGCCAGCAUGGAUCUCGCUUUCUCUCAAACAGUGUGAAGCACUGUGUGCUCCAAACAACAUUGACUAGUUAUUCUGUCUGUAAAGAAACUUGUGGCGUUUCGGUUGCGCCUGCUGCAACGAUUGGAUUAGAACAAGCCACUCUCGUUCUGCUCUCAUUUAAUUUGACAUUUUAGUCAUUUAGCAGACUCUCUUAUCCAGAGCGACUUACAGUAGUGAGUGCAUACAUUUUCGUACUGUUCCCCCUUGGGAACUGAAACACACAACUCUGGUUUUGCAAGCGCCAUGCUGUACCAACUGAGCCACACGGGACCACAUUUCCCCAGACACACGUGGCUGUUUUCAAAGCCAAUGCUUCUUGCAAUUAUUAUUUAUUCUGGCCCAGGCAUGUUUACAGAGCGACAGAUCAUAAAAUAAUAAAAGUACAAAUGUAUAUAGGUUUUUUAUAUUGUACAAAUGUUGUGGCAUAAGUGUCGGGAGAGAGGUUUUGCUCCUCUCGAAAGUGAAACAAUAUACGAGGCAAGCGAAUUAGCCUACCUUCAUCUAAAUCUGUCUGGAAUAAAUGCAGGCAGUAGUAGCCAGCCAUGUAUUAGGGUAUUCAUUAGCCUAUUUAGUUGAUAAUUGAAUAGGGCUAAGGAAGGAGCUUUGUUGAUUUGUGUGUUCAUAAGUCACUCAGUAUUCAUACCCCUUGACUUAUUCCACAUUUUGUUGCGUUACAGCCUGAAUUCAAAAUGGAUUCAAUAAAUGUUUCUCACCCAUCUACCCACAAAACCUACAGGAGGGUAGCUCUCCAGAAACAGGGUUGGGCAACCCUGGUCUAGGGUAUCCGGGAUGAUGCUGUUGAUGUGAGCCAUGACCAGCCUUUCAAAGCACUUCAUGGCUACCGAUGUGAGUGCUACAGGGCGGUAAUCAUUUAGGCAGGUUACCUUCGCUUCCUUGGGCACAGGGACUAUGGUGGUCUGCUUGAAACAUGUAGGUAUUACAGACUCGGUCCGGGAGAGGUUAAAAAUGUCAGUGAAAACACUUGCCAGUUGGUCCGUGCAUGCUUUGAGGACACGUCCUGGUAAUACGUCUGGCCCCGCGGCUUUGUGAAUCUUGACCUGUUUAAAGGUCUUGCUCACAUCAGCUACCGAGAGCAUUAUCACACAGUCGUCUGGAACAUUAUUAUUUUAAAAAGUUCUUCAAACUCUGUCAAGUUGGUUGUUGAUCAUUGCAAGCCAUUUUCAAGUCUUGCCAUAGAUUUUCAAGACGAUUUAAGUCAAAACUGUAAGUAGGCCACUCAGGAACAUUCAAUGUCGUCUUGGUAAGCAACUCGUGUAUAUUUGGCCUUGUGUUUUAGGUUAUUGUUCUGCUGAAUGGUGAAUUUGUUUCCCAGUGUCUGUUGCAAAGCAGACUGAACCAGAUUUUGACUGGGCUUAGCGCUAUUCCAUUAAUUUUUAUCCUAAAAAAACUCCCUAGUCCUUGCCGAUGACAAGCAUACCCAUAACAUGAUGCAGCCACCACCAUGCCUGAAAAUAUGAAGAAUGGUACAUACUGUGUUGUGUUGGAUUUGCCCCAAACAUAACGCUUUAUAUUCAGGACAUAAAGUUAAUUUUACUUUAGUGCUUUAUUGCAAACAAGAUGCAUGUUUUGAAAUAUGUGUAUUCUGUACAGGCUUCCUUCUUUUCACUCUGUCAUUUAGGUUAGUAUUGUGGAGUAACUACAAUGUUGUUGAUCCAUCCUCAGUUUUCUCCUAGUACAGCCGUUAAACUAUGUAACUGUUUUAAAGUCCGCAUUGGCCUCAUGGUGAAAUCCCUGAGCGGUUUCCUUCCUCUCCGGCAACUGAGUUAGGAAGCAUGCCUGUAUCUUUGUAGUGACUGGGUGUAUUGAUACACCAUACAAAGUGUCAUUAAUAACUUCACCAUGCUCAAAGGGAUAUUCAAUGUCUGCUUUUUUUUUUUUACCCAUCUACCAAUAGGUGCCCUUCUUUGCGAGGCAUUGGAAACCCUCCCUGGUCUUUGUGGUUGACUCUGUUUGAAAUCCACUGUUUGAUUGAGGGACCUUACUGAUAAUUGAAUGUGUGGGUACAGAGAAGAGGUAGUCAUUCAAAAAUCAUUUUAAACACUAUUAUUGCACACAGUGUGUUCAUGCAACUUAUUAUGUGACUUGUGAAGCACAUUUUUACUCCUGAACUUAUUUAGGCUUGCCAUAACAAAGGGGUUGAAUUCUCAAGACAUUUCAGCUUUUCAUUUCAAAUUAAUUUGUAAACAUUUCUAAAAUCAUAAUUCCACUUUGACAUUAUGGGGUAUUGUGUGUAGGCCAGUGACACACAAUCAAAAUGUAUCAAUUUAAAUUCAGGCUGUAACAACAAAAUGUGGAUAAAGUCAAGGGGUAUAAAUACUUUCUGAAGGCACUGUAUUACCAUAUUGCUUACACCUGUCAAAUCCUAACAAAGGGGUUGAAUACUUAUUGACUCAAGACAUUUCAGUGGUAUUGUGUGUAAUCCAUUUUAAAUUCAGGCUGUAACACAACAAAAUGUGGAAAAUGUCAAGGAGUGCGAAUACUUUCUGAAGGCACUGUAUUGAACUUGUUGUUAUUUAACAUAAAAUAACAUGUUAACUUUGAUACGCUUGGUAGAUAAAAGUCAAUCAUGUUUUGCCUUUGAGACUCCUUGACAUGUAGCUAUAUUGCUAUUGGCAUCAAUGGGAUUCAGUUUACUUCAUAGACUGAAUUACACAAUAAUUAACCCUAACCUCUAGUUUCAUAAAUUGGUGCAGCUAAGGUCAGUGUCUCUGUCGGCUCUUGAAUUGUUUGAAAGCAGAUUCUCUUCCUGCGCUGCAUGUGAAUAUAUCCUGUGGCCCGUUCACAUGAACUCAGCCAUGUCUGCUUCCUCCCUCAGACUCUGUGAAAAAACUGCAGGACCAGAAGCGCGAUAUGGAGCGGGAGAUUAAGAUUCUGCACCGGAGGCUGAGGGUGAGUGGGCCAGUGGACAGGGUCAUCUGAGGACCAGAGGUUACUGACACGGUCAAGUACAGCAACACUAUGGCUUGGUUUGGGCCAUGUUCAUUACAACUGGAAUACACUGGAAAGCAAUAUGUUUGGUUACACAACUUUUCUUAUUAGAUUUAUCAUUCGGCCUCAGUGGUCGAAAUUAUGUUGCUGUGUGUAUGUGUCUGUUUGUCUGUUCAGGAAGAGUCGGCAGAGUGGCGUCAGUUCCAGGCCGAUCUACAGACGGCCGUGGUCAUCGCUAAUGACAUCAAGUCGGAAGCACAGGAGGAGAUUGGGGAUAUGCGGCACCGUCUCCGCGAGGCCCAGGAGAAGAACGAGAAGCUGGGCAAGGAGCUGGACGAAGUCAAGAACCGCAAGUAAGAGACACUGAGGAACACGCUGUGCUUGAUUCCAAGUGUCAUGUGGCCGACGCCAGCUGUCUUGAUCGUAUUGGGGAGAUGUGUGUGUGUGCGGGUUAAACAGUGAUAGUCACAUUGAUGAAGCUGGAUGUGGUGGUCUGAAUUUGCAUCCACAUGAAAUGCGUGAGGUGAGACCUGAUGUGCCUUGGUCUGUAUUGAGUGUGUUGGUGUUUGUCUCGUCAGGCAGGAUGAGGAGAGGGGCAGGGUGUAUAACUACAUGAAUGCAGUGGAGAGGGAUCUGGCUGCACUGAGGCAGGGCAUGGGCCUGAGCCGUCGCUCCUCUACCUCCUCUGAGCCCUCUCCCACCGUCAAAACCCUCAUCAAGAGCUUCGACAAUGCCUCCUCACAAGGUACCCCAACCUGCGAGUGUAAGAAAUUGACCACUUUUUUGUACUUUUCUCAUUUCACCUGUAUAAUAUUCCUAGUACUAAGCAUAGCAGUAACACUGCUACUAAUACAAUGUAGUAGUAUUGCUGUGGGAUAUCUACCUGACGUGACUGAUUUCUGUUCACAACAGGCCCAGUCCCCCCGACCACAGCACCUGCUGCCACAUUACCACGCACUCCCCUGAGCCCCAGCCCCAUGAAGACCCCUCCUGCAGCCGCCAUCUCACCCAUACAGGUACGCCACCUGGAACCCAUUUCAGUGCAUUUGUUUGAAUGGCAAGCUCUAAGUGUAGGCAUCAGGUCAAGCACACAAUACAAAUCUGGCUUACACUAGACCAGUCAUUCACACAUAGCUACAGUGCAUUCGGAAAGUAUUCAGACACUUCACUUUUUCCACAUUUUGUUACGUUACAGCCUUAUUCUAAAAUUAAUUAAGUUGUUUUUUUCCCUCAUCAAUCUACGCACAAUACCCCAUAAUGACAGUGAAAACUGGUUUUUAGAAAUUUUUGCAAAUGUAUAAAAAGAAAACAAACCUUAUUUACAUAAGUAUUCAGCCCCUUUGCUCUGAGACUCGAAAUUGAGCUCAGGUGCAUCAUGUUUCCCUUGAUGUUCCUACAACUUGAGUGGAGUCCACCUGUGGUACAUUCAAUUGAUUGGACAUGAUUUGGAAAGGCACACACCUGUCUAUAUAAGGUCCCAGAGUUGACAGUGCAUGUCAGAGCAAAAACCAAGCCAUGAGGUCGAAUGAAUUGUCCGUAGAGCUCAGAGACAGGAUUGUGUCAAGGCACAGAUCUGGGGAAGGGUACCAAAAAAUGUCUGCGGCAUUGAAGGUCCCCAAGAACACAGUGGCCUCCAUCAUUCUUAAAUGGAAGAAGUUUGGAACCACCAAGACUCUUCCUAGAGCUGGCCCCCUGGCCAAACUGAGCAAUCGGGGGAGAAGGGCCUUGGUAAGGGAGGUGACCAAGAACCCGAUGGUCACUCUGACAGAGCUCCAGAGUUCCUCUGUGGAGAUGGGAGAACCUUUCAGAAAGACAACCAUCUCUGCAGCACUCCACCAAUCAGGCCUUUUAUGGUAGAGUGGCCAGACGGAAGCCACUCCUCAGUAAAAAGCACAUGACAGCCCGCUUGAAGUUUGCCAAAAGGCACCUAAAGGACUCUCAGACCAUGAGAAACAAGAUUUUCUGGUCUGAUGAAACCAAGAUUGAACUCUUUGGCGCCAUCCUUACGGUGAAGCAUGGUGGUGGCAGGAUCAUGCUGUGGGGAUGUUUUUCAGCGGCAGGGACUGAGACUAGUCAGGAUCGAGGGAAAGAUGAACGGAGAAAAGUACAGAGAGAUCCUUGAUGAAAGAAGAUGAAUCCUUGUACAGAGAGAUCCCUGCUCCAGAGCGCUCAGGACAGCCUGGGGCGAAGGUUCACCUUCCAACAGGACAACGACCCUAAGCAUACAGCCAAGACAACUCAGGAGUGGCUUUGGGACAAGUCUCUGAAAAUCCUUGAGGGGCCCAGCCAGAGCCCGGACUUGAUCCUGAUCGAACAUCUCUGAAGAGACCUGAAAAUAGCUGUGCAGCGACGCUCCCCAUCCGACCUGGCAGAGCUUGAGAGGAUCUGCAGAGAAGAAUGUGAGAAACUCCCCAAAUACAGGUGUGCCAAGCUUAUAGCGUCAUACCCAAGAAGACUCAAUGCUGUAAUCACUGCCAAAGGUGCUUCAACAAAGUACUGAGUAAAGGGUCUGAAUACUUAUGUAAAUCUGAUAUUUCCGUUUUUUAUUUUUAAGAAAUUUGCCAAAUUUUCUGAAAACCUGUUUUUGGUUUGUCAUUAUGGGGUAUUGUGUGUAGAUUGAUGAGAAGAAGGGAAACAAUUGAAUCCAUUAUAGAAUACGACUUGUGGAAAAGGUCAAGGGGUCUGAAUACUUUCCGAAUGCACUGUAUUUAUCAAGGUCUAUCAAAUUGUGUGUUUUAGAACUGCCAGAGCAGUAUGGCAAGGAAUUGUUGUCUGUGCUGACUAGAUCAGGGAGCAGUGCAGUAGUGAAAGAGUUAUUGUGACCACCGGGUCAAGAGCUGUCCUAUAUUCACAGUGUUUAUAGACCUCCAAUACUCCACAGAUAGCACUUCCUCCUCUUCCUCUGACACUUUGUCACAGCUGACAGUCCCUUGGCUUGCCUCAUACACAGACCAUGAGAUGGAAAAGAGAUAUUGAGUUGUUGGAGAAUAUGUCCCAUAGCUCUAAUUCCAUUACCUCACUUUCCCUUAAUUUACAUUUUGGUAAUUUAGCAGAUGCUCUUAUCCAGAGUGACUUAGUCAGUGCAUCCAAGUAAUCCAUAUGACCCAUAGAUUCUUUCUCAUGUUUUAAACUCUCACACAUUUUUUCAAACAUGUCAGCUGUUUGGCUCUAACACAUUUUUUAUGAAACUGCAAUGUAAUGUUGUCACGAUACCAGAAUUGACUUAGAUACCGAUGCCAGGUUUAGUAUCACGAAACUCAAUACCAUCACGAUACUCAAUACCAAAACGAUACCAAGGGGGGAAAAAUAAGACGUAUUAGCCAAAGUCGCAGAGUGGCACUUGAUCCAGACAGAUCUUUUGAUUUCAAAAUCAUUACAUUUGAAAUGUUAGAUUUUUUUAUGUAAGCAUUAAUGAAUCAAUUAUACAAUCACACAAUCAAUUUGACUUCGUUUUUACCAAUCUAACUACAUAACAACAUAAUGGUAAUCAUUUAUUUGAAUGGAACAUCUCUAGUCUGUUGAUAAACUGGGUAAAUCAAGAUGUAGCCUAGGCCUAUUUCAAUACAGGUGAAUGCAUAUUCAAUAGGAGUGUGUGCAUGCAUUGAGUUAUUGAACUUAUUUUGGCUGAUUUAAUGGGGUUCCAAAUGAAAAACUAUCUCUUUCCCUUCCAUUUUGGAUUUAUUUUAUUGUACUGAUCAACAACAUAUGCAUAGAAGAAGCAAUAUCUUCUUAUAUAAGUGUGCUCUGUCUUUUUAAGCCCCAUGACGUAAGCAUUUCACCGUUAGUCUACCCCUGUUGUUUACGAAGCAUAUGACAAAUACAAUUUGAUUUGAUUCACACACACACACACUCAGUUCGAGGCUCGAGCAAAGAUGAUCUUGGCCAAAUCCCAAAUGGACCCCUAAGCCCUACACCCUAUGUACUUAUGGAGAUGUGACAGGUGUAAGCAAUAUGGUAAUAGUUCCACCUUGCCCUGUAAUAGGCUAGGUGGAAAUGUCACUAUAUUGCUUAUACCAAUCAAAUCCUCUCAGAUCUCCACAAGUGAAUAGUGUGUACGACUUGGGAUUCCAUUUGGGAUUGGGCGGGAGAGAUGAAGUGAAUGAAUAAAGUUUUUGGUGACAAUCAGCUUUAAAAUCAGCAAUAUUUUGCGUUAUGGUGUUGCAUAUUAUCUCAAACAAGGUAAUAGGGUGGUGAAUUGAUGUUAGCUUCAGCUGUAAGCUAGUAAGGAAAGUUAGCCUACAAAGCUGGAAGCUACCGGUAUCUUCUUGCAUUGUAAAGUGUUUUAGCCUGUAAUGGACAUUGUUUUGCGAACAGUAAUUAACAGUUUCAAAAUGUCUACAUGCCGUGUUGCAUUAACUUCUGUGUUAACUUCUGUGCAACAGAAGUGGUGAUGUAGCCCAGUGCAGUGGGACAGGCUAGAGCUAGCAAUGAGUAAGUGGAGCAGGCACGGUGCUCUCAAACUAUAAGGGGAUAUCAGCUGAUCUGAUGGAAAGACUUGAUCCUCUCUCAAUCAGUAGACGACGUGAGACACAUUUGACAGAAGUACCGAAGGCAAUACAAAUUCUAGUUUCGAACUGUUUUUCAGGUUUUAGUAUCGCAAAAGUACUUACGUUUCGGUAUACCGUGCAAUGGCAUACAGCAGUGGCAUUCACAUUUGUGGGCGGGGGAACUGCAGUGGUGCCAAAAAACUUUUUUUUAACAAAGUUACGGGUACAAAUUAUUGUAUGAGACAAUAUACAAACGUUUUGAGAAAGAUAAUUUGAAAAAUACCAUUUCACUAAAUGUAUUUAUUGGUUUCUUUUCAUUUUGAUAAGAGAUGAAAAUGCAAUGAAUUGAAGGUUAUUUGUUGAUGUAAAAGUUUAAAUUUACUGAUAAAAAAAAGAAGAAGUUGUCAUUAGAUUUGGGGUGGGGUGAGGUUGCGGUGAGGUUGCGAGAAAUCUUGGGGAAACAAUGGGGUCCCCAGAAAUUCUGCCUGAAAAAAAAUGGGGUCCCCGCUGAAAAAGUUUGAAUACCACUGUGAAAUAGUAUAAGGACAAAUUCAGUCAUUCCAUGUAAUACUGUGGACAGACGGGCAAAAUCUGAGCAUUGGAUAUUUUAUAUGCAUUAUUUUAGCAGAGAAUCAGAUCUUCUCAUAUGAAAGGGUCAAAGUUCAGGGAGAGAUAGGUUUUUCUAUUUCCUAGACACAUUUCAUAAGUCUUCAGUCCUGCUCUUUCUCAUCUAUCAUUGACCUCCUCUGCAGUCACAAGAUUAUUGCCAAUGCCUGGUUGCUAGUGCUGCUGUCAGAAUGGCCUCUCAUCGAGCUGGGCCUUUUUCCAGAAAUGGCACACAGUUUGGCUACUACUAUUUGGAUUAUGUAGACAUUUUCAAUAGGUCUUUGGAUAAAAAAAGGGGUUUAGGUGGUGGGCGUGGCAGGAGGCGUGGUAGGGGGCAUGGUAAUGAGCACUGUCGGCCUAUCAGAGUGGCUACAUUUUAGAGGCCCACAUCUUGUAGAGAAGUGUUUGCAUUUUUAAGCCAUUUUCCUGCAAUUCAACAAAUUUCUCCAUGGAGCUGAGAGAAAACGUUGCAGUUUUUAACCUAAUUUCCUGUGAUUCUGUGAUGGAGCUGAGAACUUUUUGGUUUCAAAGCUAUUUUCCUGCAAUUCUAUGCAUUUUGCUGAGGGUUAAUGCAGUGUUCUUUUGCUCAAACAUAAUAACAAAAUGAAUACUCAAUUCUCCCUGACUGUCUAGCUUUUAUUUUGGUGAUUGUUCAUUCUCAAAGAUUAUAUUAUUUUAAAAUGAAUAGGUUCAUUAUCUUUUUCAGAUACUUUAUAUCUGCUUUUAGUCUAAGUUUACACUGAAAGCGUUUUUCCAGCCCUUUAUUUAAUUUUUGUAUUAUUACACUGUUUGGACUUAGGCGGCCUGAAAAAACGCUUAGGCGGACCGCCCAAGGAUUAUGUAUGUGAGAGAGUUUUAAUCCAACGAUUGUUGGUCUAUUUCAGAGACACUCCAUUACCGGGUCCAUCUCUGCACCCAAACCCCUCUCGUCUCUGAGUGACAAAAGGCCCAGCUACACAGACAUCAGCAUGCCAGGUGAGUCGGCAGAAACACUGACACUGACAGAAAAAGCUCCAUAUCUGGAUCUCAUUCGGUCCCUCAUUAAUAAAAUGAGAGAGGAGUACUCUGUCACAACCACUCAUAAAGGAGGGAAAUGGGUGCAGAUAUUAUACCAUUUCAUCUUAGACAUCUUUGUUCCUCCUAGUAUUAGGCUGUCUGUGUUGGUCAAAACAGUAUGUGGAUAUAUUUGUCAUUUGUAAGUUUGGAGGUGCUUUGCGCCCAAAGCAGGGGGGUGGGUGUCUUUAGCCCCUAAGUCAGCAGAGCUUUAUGUUGACUUUGGUGUGUGGGUUUAGCAAAGCACCAUAGAAAGGGGGUGUCCCAGUGAUUGGCCUCCCUGUUAAUCCUCAUUCCCCAUACAUUUUGUCAUACAUAUUCUAGUGAGUUCAAGGACCUGUAAAUGUGAACGUGCUAUAAUGGUCAUGGCCUCCAAUGUUUAGUUAAAUGUCCCGGUUGUUUUCUAACCUCAUUCCAUGGUACUUGACAGUUCCAGGGCCUGGAAUGUUGCAUUGACCCCUUCAGUAUAUAUUUUUAAAAAUCCCUCUUGCUUAAAACUAAUAUUUGAAGGGAAUAGGAAGUCACUUUAUUUCAGUGCAAUGUUUCUGUUUCCUCACUGUGGUUGUGGGGUUGUCUUCCAUCCACAGCAGAGCAUCUUCUCAGGGGCUCCUCUGCCAGCCGCCCUGCCUCUGCACUCCAGAGGGUCUCCAACAUGGACUCAUCAAAGGCCAUGGCCAUCUCAGGUAUCACAAAUCAUGGACAUAUGAAUAGGCCAUGAAAUAAAUCUAAAAUUCUUAUAAAUGGUUGCCAGUAAAAUGAAAUGCAUUUUGAGAAAGAAUUCAACGACAUUUGACAAAUAUAUUUUUCCAGAACACGUCACUGGCAGUGAAGGGUCACUCACACUGUAUCUCUGUCUGUUUGUGUGGUGGCCAGUGUCCCGCAGGAGCAGUGAGGAGAUGAAGAGGGACAUCUCUGCCCCUGAAGGUGGCUCCUCCUCUCUGAUGGCCAUGGGGUCUGCUUCCUCCUUGUCCUCCUCCUCCCCCACUGCCUCUGUCACCCCCACCGCACACAGCCGGCUCCGGUAACACCCUCAUCAGCUCCAUACCUUUGAUACAAUACAUACUAAUCCACUAAGUCCUUUGUAUGUUUAACAUGAUAUUUUGACUAUACUAAAUGGGCUUUGUGGACUAGCCAGUCAAUGGAGUCUGAAUAUGUGUGUUAACUCAAAUGAUUCACUGCCCUCUCCUACGUGGUGUGUGUGUUCAGAGAGGAGCGGAAGGACCCCCUCUCAGCGUUGGCCCGGGAGUAUGGGGGCUCCAAGAGGAACGCACUGCUCAAGUGGUGCCAGAAGAAGACUGAGGGGUACCAGGUAUGUGUUGUUCAGUCAGAACAGACUGGUCAGGUCAUUUCACCUCUCGGGUCGCUCUCUGUUGAUGAGGAUUUCUUUUUAAAAUGUCUCAAUAGUUUUUCUAUAAGCUCAACUAUCUGGAGUGACAAUCUAAUUAAAUAACCUUGUCAGAAUGGGUGGGUGAGGUGUGCAACUCUAUUAGGAAGGUGUUCCUAAUGUUUGGUAUACUCAGUGUACAUUCAUACUACACACACACACAUCACAACUGCAGCUUCCAGACUCUUAUUAUGAUUGCUAAAUACUGUACAAUUUAAACACUUGCCCCCCAAUCCCCCCUUCGCCAAAACACGUGUAAAUAUUGGACUAUAAAUUGUACCUUCCUGUAAUAUAAUUAUGCUAAAAUGUUUAUUCUAUUCUACUGAGCCAUUUACUUUAUGUUCGUAUUUUUAUCUUUUCUUAUUUCUUAUUGUUGCAUUGUUGAGAAGGAACCAGCCAUUAAGCAUUUCGUUGGACGGUGUAUACUGUGUAUCCCGUACAUAUGACUAAUAAAACUUGAAACUAGUAGAAAGAUUAAACAACAAGGUGCUUUUAGGACCAAUGUCUGGGACCCAGUAUCUAUUGAAUUAUCAAUACAAAAAACUCCUGCACCCUACAUUUCUUUACACUGUACCUUUGUGCUACAAUGAAAAUCUUUCCCCUCUUUCUGGCAGAACAUUGACAUAACAAACUUCAGCAGCAGCUGGAAUGACGGCCUUGCGUUCUGCGCUGUGCUCCACACCUACCUGCCUGCUCACAUCCCCUACCAGGAGCUCACCAGCCAGGAAAAGGCAAGCCUAUUUCCUACUGUAGUGAUGAUGAGUAACAAUGGGGUCACGACAGGGCUCAUGGAAACAGGAAGUCGGUACAAUUUCAUAAAUGUCAACAGACAAUUGGUUCGUUCGACAUGGUGGGAUCUUUUUGUGUGAGUAUAAUUAUUUGAGAAAUGGCAGUGGGAAUGCCAAAUAUUGACUUAAUAACCAUCAUAUUGAAGUCAACUUGGAGUCAAUCAAUGAUAUGGGCCUACCACCACCACGUGGAAAAGAAUCAAACGUUUAUAGGCAGGUGAAAUAAGUUAUGAUGAACUUCACAUGGUGGUUAAGUGCACGGUAUUCAUGCACAUUUCCAAUAGGCUAAAUAUCGAGGGUACGCUAUUAUUUGAAUGCUGGUGACAGGAUUGGUUCUUGGCUGCCAAUGAUCAAAUAAAAUGAUCUUGCGCUUAUCCAUAUCUCAUCAUAUAAUCAACCUCCUUUCAACUUUAUCAGGUCUUGUCUAGAGAGCAUGCGCCAAAACCAGAUUGUGCAAGGUUAAGUUGAAAUUGCGAUGGAAACCCAUGUAACGUACGUUUUUUAUUCGGUACAUGGGAACUUAACCGCAAAAGUCAUUUUUAUGUGCACUACAUAAUCACGCACAGCCUUUUAUACGCAACAAGUCAGUUUGAUGGAAAUGCACAUAUUGUUUUUAUGCAGAUUUUAGAAUAUAUUUGCAUGAAAAUCUGUCGCCAAUUGGAUGGAAACCUAGCUAUUGUUUAAUCUUUUACAGUUGUUUCAUUCUGUCAGGGAGCAUUAUAGUAUGUGAAUGUGUGUUUUUGUCUCCCAAUCUUUAGAGGCGGAAUUUCACACUAGCCUUCCAGGCUGCAGAGAGUGUGGGGAUCAAGUCCACUCUGGUAAGAUUCAAGUGAAAGAUUGACUGAACUGUGAAUAACAGAGGUGUUUUUCACAUGAACAUAUUAAAGCUAUAUCUGACAUGGUUAAAAAAAAAUCCUGUUUUUAAUAGAGAAUCUUUCAGGCUCAUUUCACCUUAAAAAUCAGUCACUGGCACAGUGGUGAAUUGUGACCUGCUAUUCUAUUGCAUAUUGAGAAUGGUAUUCUUUUUGUGUGGGAUUGAGGACUGUACUCACAGGCUCUUAUAGGCAGACUCUUGUAGAGAAGAGAUACAUAUUUUAGAUGAAAUACUGCUUUCAUUGUACAUAUGUGCAGGCUUGCAGGUGAAGUUUUAUAGGAUCACCUGGAAAGCUAUUUUAGUCCUUUUCACAAAAUAAGUCCUCACAUUAAGAAAGUAUUCAGACCCCUUCCCUUUUUCCACAUUUUGUUACGUUACAGCCUUAUUCUAAAAUGUAUUAAAUAAAAUGUUUUCCUCAUCAACCUACACAUAAUACCCCAUAAUGACAUUUAUAAAAUAUAAAAAAACUGAUACCUUUUUCAUAUAAGUAUUCAGACCCUUUGCUAUGACACUCGAAAUUGAGCUCCGGUGCAUCAUGUUUCCAUUGAUCAUCCUUAAUGAUGUUUCUACAACUUGGUUGGAGUCCUCCUGUGGUAAAUUCAAUUGAUUGGACAAGAUUUGGAAAGGCACAUACCUGUCUAUAUAAGGUCCCACAGUUGACAGUGCAUGUCAGAGCAAAAACCAAGCCAUGAGGUCGAAGGAAUUGUCCGUAGGGCUCCAAGACAGGAUUGUGUCGAGGCACAGAUCUGGGGAAGGGUACCAAAAAAAUUCUGCAGCAUUGAAGGUCCCCAAGAACACAGUGGCCUCCAUCAUUCCUAAAUGGAAGAAGUUUGGAACCACCAAGACUCUUCCUAGAGCUGGCCGUCCGGCCAAACUGGGCAUUCGGGGGAGAAGGACCUUUGUCAGAACCCGAUGAUCACUCUGAGAUUGAACUCUUUGGCCUGAAUGUCAAGCGUCACGUCUGGAUGAAACCUGGCACCAUCCCUACAGUGAAGCAUGGUGGUGCAUGGUCCCGUGUAGCUCAGUUGGUAGAGCAUGGCGCUUGCAACGCCAGGGUUAUGGGUUCGUUUCCCACGGGGGGCCAGUAUGAAAAAUGCAUGCACUCACUAACUGUAAGUCACUCUGGAUAAGAGCGUCUGCUAAAUGACUAAAAUGUAAAUGGCAGCAUCAUGCUGUGGGGAUGUUUUUCAGCGGCAGGGACUGGGAGACUAGUCAGGAUCGAUGCAAAGAUGAACGGAGCAAAGUACAGAGAGGUCCUUGAUGAAAACCUGCUCCAGUGCGCUCAGGAUCUCAGACUGAGGGGACGGUUCACCUUCCAACAGGACAAUGACCCUAAGCACACUGCCAAGACAACGCAGGAGUGGCUUUGGGACAAGUCUCUGAAAAUCCUUGAGGGGCCCAGCCAGAGCCUGGACUUGAACCCGAUCUAACAUCUCUGGAGAGACCUGAAAAUAGCUGUGCAGCAACGCUCCCCAUCCAACCUGACAGCGCUUGAGAGGAUCUGCAGAGAAGAAUGGGAGAAACUCCCCAAAUACAGGUGUGCCAAGCUUGUAGCGUCAUACCCAAGAAGAAUCGAGGCUGUAAUCACUGCCAAAGGUGCUUCAACAAAGUGUCUGAAUACUUAUGUAAAUGAGAUAUUUACGGUUGUUUUUUGAAUUACAUUUGCAAAAUGUUCUAAAAACACGAUUUUGCUUUGUCAUUAUGGGGUAUUGUGUGUAGAUUGAUGAGGAGAAAAAACUAUUUAAACUAUUUUAGAAUAAGGCUGUAACGUAACAAAAUGUGGAAAGAGUCAAGGGGUCUGAAUACUUUCCGAAUGCACUGUAUAUCACUGGUACCCAUAGCUAGGUAUAAAGCAGGCUCCGUGUGAGUUGUAAACUGACAGAUUUGUUGUACGAGUUCAGUUGAAAAUGCUAGCUCUAAUUUUCUGAAUUUAUGCCACAAAAGCACAUUUCUGACCUCCACAGUGAAUUCUAGUCAGGCUGUGGAAAUCUGACCUAGACAAACAACAGCAUGUUAUUUCAUGUUUUUUUUUUUUUUUACAAACGUCUCCUUGAGAUAGAGAUAUAUAUAUAUAUAUAUAUAUAUAUAUAUAUAUAUAUAUAUAUAUAUAUAUAUAUAUAUAUAUAUAUAUAUAUAUAUAUAAUACAAAGAUGAACAAAUGGCACAGACUUUUUUUCUAGACAUGGUAUGUCUUAAUGACAAAGCCCCUGUUGCUUCAACUUGGUCUCAUUCUCUGUUUUGCAGGACCUCAAUGAGAUGGCCAGUACUGAGAGACCAGACUGGCAGAGUGUGAUGACCUAUGUCACAGCCAUCUACAAGUACUUUGAGACCUGA